CACGCAGCCUGCUGGAUCUGCAAAGGAUGCUCAGCAUGACCACGUGACACUGGAGGACAAACCUGCCACUCUGGAGUCACUGGUGGACGGACGAAAACAACACGGUGUGUGUGGGCUUUGUUUUGCUCAAGGAGGGGAGGGAGAUCAGAAUUAGGUGUUUUUGUUUUUUGCCAAACAUUAUAUCAAGUAUUAUUUUAUUUUAGCCAUCAGGUGCGGAUGGAUAUUGGGGUCAAGCACAGAGUUAAAAAAAAAAAAAAGGGACCUUUAUUAUUAUUUAGUCUGAGUCUCUGAAUCAAUCAUAAAUUUAGGGUUUAGAUAUCAGCAAAAAAAAAAAAAAAAAAAAGUUUGUUUUUUUUGUUUUUUCCUGUUUAUGGCAUUUUAAAAAUUCAGUCUGAAUCAAUAAUAAAUUUAGGGUUUUACUGUUAACAAUAAAAAAAAGAAGUUUUUUUGUUUGUUUUUUGUAUUUUCCUGUUUUUGACCUUUUUGAAAUUCAGUCUGAAUCAAUAAUAAAUUUAGGUUUAGGUGUCAGCAAUAAAAAAACACAAAAAAACUUUUUUUUAGCAUGCUAUAUUAUCAAGACAGUUCUGUUUACACUCAUUCUGUUGGUUUACAGGGAUGCACAACAUAUUGAAAUAUAUGCAGAUACACUAGUUGGAGACAAAACUAUUACUGCCUUGAUGUAGUGAUCAGAAAUAUGAAAAAUGGAUCAUCUUACCCCAGUCUCCCCUAUUUAUAAUAUUUGUUAUAUACGUAGAAUUGGUGUGAUAUAUGGUGCAGUUGCAGCUGUAGUAAUUUGGUAAACGUUAUAGUGAAAUAGAAUCAAGUAUUUUUAGAAACAGCCUCUAUUGCUUGGACCAGGACUAGACUGAGCUAAUGUAUGCAGACUGAAACCAUGCUGCCAACUUCUGUUUCCAAAAUGCAAAUUAAAGAAAGAUAAAUUUGAGCUGCAUCUUUUUUAAAGUCACAGAGGAAAACAUUAUGAUUUAUUUAUUUCAAUUUAAAGGGACAACAUAUGGAAUUUAUUGACAUUUGGCAGAACAGGGUAGUUGAAAAAAACAUCUGUUAGUAUUAUUUAGAUUGUGGUCUGAAUAUAAAACAUUGAUUUAUGCUUAAAAUGAAAUGCUUUUGUAUCUACAUGAGGGCCUCUGCAGUAACACAGUCUGUGUUCACAAAGCUGUUGCAGUGAACAAUAUAACCUCAAUUUGUUCAUGUUUCACCAUCGAAAAUGUCAAUCAGAUCAAAUCCUUCAGUGCACGAUUUUUUUUGCAAUAUCAUGCAGAUUCAUUUACCUGUCUAUCAGUAGAGAGUGGUGUAAAACUUCCAGCAAAGGGUCAAGGAAGGGGUCGAACCUGCAGCUGGUGCACAAAGGCCUUUAUGUUGAAACCUGCGAAACAAACUGAUAAUUCACAUGGCAUCUUCAGUUCUUCUUCUUUGGUGCCUGAUUCCUCCUCUCAGCAGCUGCCUCACACUUACAUUCACUGGUGUUACACGAGUAAAAAGCUGUCAGUCACUUUGAAUAAAUCCUGUCUGACUUUGAAACAGUGCAUCAAAAGAAUCAAACCUCCCCCUCUCAAACUGACAGCAAUUGUAAGCCGGUUGCCUUUCUCCCACCCACUCGACGCUCACAAAAACACACUCUCUCUGUCUUUUCGAAGCAGCCGCCGCAUGGCCUCUUACCGUACACACAGUCUGAGUGUACAGAGUGCCCGCUCUGAUCGGUGCAUCAGGUGAAAUCCAGCAACAAUAGUGUCUCUGAUACCGUGGGCUUCAUGAUGGGUUUCUCCUCAGACAGUAUCGACCUGCUCUUGCUCUCACAGUGAAGCUUUAUCGAACAAUUUUAAAAUCAGUAACCUGACUUUUGUUGGAACACCUGCAGAAACACACAAAGAAAUAUUCCCCAUUAUGAAUAUUUCCAUUUAUCAGCUUUGAAAAGAAAUAAAAGUCAAAUUAAACUAAUUACACACUUUGGAUUAUGUCCAAUUUACAUAAUAUGUCACCACUGAGUGAUGCUGACCUAUUCAGAGAGAACCAAAACAAACAGCAGGCCGUCCAACAAAUCUUUAAAUCUACUCUCUGUUGUCCUCUAGUGGCGCAAAAGUGAAUAGAAAUUGCACCCGCUCUCAUGAACUAGUCUCAGGUCUGAGACGCAAAUAAUAAAUUUAGUAAAUAUCUAAAUUUAUGAUAUUUAGUAGUGGACUUAAUGAUUUUGGGAAUUCAAGCUUAUUCACAGUCACAACACAGACACUUUUAUGGGAAACCAACUUAGAGGAAGUUAACUGUAUUAUCUAACUCUUACAGUAAAAGUUAUCUUGUGAUACUUAAUAGACAGAGCAGAUUUUAAAUGUACAAUCGAUACUUUCAUUUUUGGAAGAUUAAAUAUGUUCCAAAAGGAAAUUUACAACAUCAUCUAAAGCAGUGGUUCUCAACUGGUUUCACUCCGGGACCCAAAUGUUUAACAUAAAUACACCAUUUUAUUGAGUAAAGUGCAUUUUAGAGCACAUGAACUGAGGAUGACAACUACUGAAGUUGCAUUUACAGAAAAUAUAUGACUAAGAAACUAAAGACUAAACUAAAUAAAGACCAAUUUAUAUAUAUAUAUAUAUAUAUAUAUAUAUAUAUAUAUAUAUGUAUAUAAUUUUUUUUUUUUCUCUGCAUUCAGGCCACAUUAAUAAGAAACCGAGGAGGACCACGACAUAACGUGUGCCUUUCAAAAUAAGCUAUUUUUCAAAAUAAAAGACAUGUCAAACAUCAGAUGCACAUUAAAUUCUUACUUUUUUGACCAGAUGUUCGCGACCCAUCCAGAAUGUGUCUGCGACCCACUUUUGGGUCAGGACCCACCAGUUGAGAAUCACUGAUCUAAAGGGAAUUUAAAAAAGGUAAAAAUAAAAUGAAAUAAAAAAAAACCUUAAAUGUUGCCCUAAUACUCCUGUGAGAUUUUAGCUGGUUAAAUAACAGGCUGAAAUAAAUGCAAACACCUUUAUUUGACAUACAAAAGCAAUAAGAGGUAAGCCUUAAUCCACCGGGGUCAGCAGAGUCAACACAAGCCAAAAUUUCAUAAAGAGAAGAAAAAAAAAAAGCACAAUUAAAAAGAUAAAGCCAAUUACAACUGUCGUAAUUAUACAGAAAGAGCUGAUAAUAAAAACUACAUAAUUAGAUAUAAAUUGAAGCAACAGUGACACCAUAAUAGUUUAUUUUUGUAAAUUUAUAAGAAGAUAAUGACUUUUCCCGCAGCAUUGAGAAUCACCCUGACCACAUGUGGUGGAAACCUCCAAGUACCGAGAGCACCAAGUCUGUGGGGAUGCUCCGACUCUCAUUAAUGAUAUAGUAUAAAUCCAUACAGAGAGAAAAGGUGAGGAGGAGGGAAAUAUCCUGGUUUAUUGACUGUAUAGCAGCAGAACCAAAAGGUGUAAUCCAUGUAAGUCUUGGCUAUAAUGUGGCGUCUUUGUUAUGGUAUAAACCUGAACCAGGUGGGGAUGAGUGACGUUUGUUUGCUGUGGGAGAGGAUGUUUUACUUUUAUUGUUUAUUUAGAGAGAAAAGGGAUGAAAACAGCUGCACAGUUACAGAAAACUGCAUACAAACACGUGCAGAGAACAGAUGGACUGGAUUGGAUAGUGUUAAAUACUUUAUUCUCAUUGGUUGAAACCUUUUAGUGAUGCAUAUCAUUUCAUAUAUUACUGCACAUGUAGUUUACUGGUUUGCCUCCUCUUAUUGACUAAAAUAAUCUCACUUUCCGGCAGCUUCAGUAGGUUAAGUGUAAAUUUUUCAUUAUCACUCUCAUUCUAUUGGGAGGGAAUAAAGUCUGAGACUGGUGGUGAACGGCUGAACAGCUGUUAGCAGAGAAAAGAAGAUAAAACAGCACAGAAAUAUGCAACGAUGUUAAAACACACAAGAAACUGAAUGAAAUCAACCAAAUUAAAGGAAAAUAGACACACAGAAACCAAACUUAUAACAUGGUGUUUGUUUGGCAGAGCUAAUUGUGGAUUUUAAGACUUUAACUCAUAAGUAAAGUGAAUACAUCACUUUUAAACCAACAACAUCCCCUUUAGAAAAAUAUACAGUGUUUGUUUGUUUGUUUGUUUUAGUUGUGAUAAGCAGUGAGGGUCUCUCUUCAACCAUCACCCAUUAAGUGUUUGUCUUUAUUUAUUUUGUGGACUAAAGACACUCGUCAUGAAACUGAAUUUAAAAGACAUUUUAAAGACAACAACCCCUGCAGGUUUUCAAACACAGUAAACACAGAUCUAUAAAAUAAAAAUAAUUAUAAAGACUUGGACAUUUUGUUGUGCAAUUUAAGCUGUGGCUGUGUGCAAUGUGACUUCACUCCACUAGAGGGCACCCUUACUUCAAAUAUUAAAAUAUAUCACACAUGCUACUUAAUUUCUGCAUUUUAGCACAGUUAAAGUUGCUUAAAAACGUGAAAACAAAAGAAUUAACCUCACUAACUUCCAUGUGACAAAAUGCAAAGCCUCUCUGCUAAAAAAGAGAUCCACAUCAUGACAAAGCAUGUUUUGUAUUUUCCUCAUAUUUUAGUUUUCAGCAAGAGUCUGCCAAACAAUAUCCUGUGAGGACAGGCAGACAGACUUAGACCGGUGUCAGGGACCCCUGUUAAUGUUUAAAAGUGGACCAUGUUUAAAUCUGCCAGGCAGACGCUUCACAGCUGGACCGUCAUCCAGACAGAACAUUUUCCACUGACAUUAUUUAUAUUAGAAAGAAAGAAAGAAAGAGAAGGGAGGGGGCUCAUAAUGUUCAGCCUACAGGAUAGCAAGAAUGUCACUUUUUGUGUUUCUGGCUCCAAAUGAGACGAUGUGAAGGCUGUGAAAGUGUCAAACAGCUGAGGGUGGGUCCAGAGGAAAAAGAGCCGAGUUGGCAGUGGAGAUCGAACACAUACAGUCGACUCAGACCCCGUGUUAGCAGCACUUCUGAUGAGCCUGGAUGGUAUCUGAUCACCAACCCUGAGCUGGUUUCCUAAUGUGACCUUAAACAAACUUCUUUAACGUGAAGUUUCAUUUGACUCCUUCAGAGCAUGAAGCUCCAGGGCAAGGCUACUUAUCUCAUAGAGGAGAACCAGACUUCAGUAAAUGCCUGUUUUAGCUGUGGAUCUAUACAGUCUGUUGAUGUCUGACUCCAUAUUGGAAGUUUGACUCAAUCUAGUUUAUGACUGACUUCGCAAGAGGCCAAGAGUUGGAGUUGAGGCAGACCUUAAAGGGAUAUUCCGGCGUAAAAUUAAUCUAGGAUCAAACACACUGUAACACUGAGUUAGACACCCCCUCUAGAGAUGAAUGUUGCCGACCGCUUGCUUCUCUAGUUAUACCAACUUUAGUACAGGAGCCAUGUGCUCAACCAAAACUCCACUCUAUAGCCACAAAUAAUGCUCAGAACAGCACCUAACUUCAUCAACAGGACAUAUAGGGUCCCAGACAUAGUACUAGUUAUCAAACAUCUUUUUAGCUUUGCCUGGUUUCUUUAGCAAAGAGACUAAACACAACUCACCCACUUUCUUCCAGCAGCCGCUUGUUUGUAAAGAGACCUCCAGGCCAGUCCAUUACGAACGUCAGCGGGGUGACACAGCUCAAGGAAGAACAAUUAACAAGCAGCUGCUGGAAGAGAGUAGGUGAGUUGUGUUUAGUCUCUUAGCUCAAGAAACCAGGCAAUGCUAAAAAGAUGUUUGAUAACUAGUACUACGUGUUGGGACCCUAUAUGUCCUGUUAAACCUACCUAAAUAUCUUCAAAACUGAUGAGUUAUGACUAAUUUCACAACUCACAUGGUGUAGAGAAAUGUCUUUAAUACCAGGCUGUAAAUAUGGGCUUUUUCAAAGGGGUGUGUAUGUGGUUUCAGAAGCCUUUGGAGACAGCCUCCAGUGGACACUUAAGGAACUGCAGUCUUAUUUUGCUGUUUCACUGAAUAAGAGUUUUGUACUUUUUCUUCAUCAGACAGGACAGAGAGUAACGUGACAUGUUCAAAUGUGUUGCUGGCCUGGAUUUGAACCAGCAACUGCAAAAUAACAAGUGGCGCCACCUCUGGCUGACUUUAAUGUGUCAUUGUGAAUAUUUAGAGACCCGACUUCUCACAGCAUGACAUAACCGCCUCUCAGAUAUUUUUGUAAUGAAGGAACCUCUCUCAUGCUGUUGAAUCAGUCGGCUCCUCCCUCUCUAACUUCCUACUUCCUUUGGAAUUUGAUGGAAUCCAUUAAUUUAGAUUGUGUACAAACGUCCUGCCAAAUCUGCAAGUCACAGCUCGCCCCGUCACUUCUAUUUCACCUCAUGGUUUAAGACGACAAAACGAUGAUCGGCACAGUUUUAGAGUCAGUUAUAUUAUUAGAAACAUGUUGUUAUUAUCUGGAUAUGAUUGCAUUUAAGGAAACUGCUCUUCUUUUUUUUAUUGACUUGAAUUAUGAACCAAAACAAUCAUUACAUAACUCAUUUAAAGGCUCGAUGCUACUGCAAAUUGUAAUUUACGGUUUGUCAGUUGAGAUGCAGGCGCAUGUCUGAGCUGGAAACGGUGAAGCUGAGGCGGACAUUUUGAAAGGAAGUUGGCAGGAUCGGGACUGCAAAUGUGCAGAUGAUAAAAACAAAGACCUCUGGGAGUUUUCAGGAACAGAGCUGAACGUGUUAAAGGGACAGUCCAACAAGUUAGGAUGAAUUGUGAGCCCAGAGCACCGUGAUAGAGAGGUAUCCAGAGUCUAUUAGACCUUUGCUUUGAGUUAUUCAAUGAUGACGGAUAAAAACCUUCUUUAAUAGAAGAAGCUUUGUGACAGUAAAGACAGGAGCCACUUCAGGACAAGAACAGCCUCCCCUGAGACAGAGAGCAGAACUCUGCGGUGAGCCACACGGAGCAGAAACCAGAACAGUAGAAGAGACCUAACACAACUUCAGACUUAGCAAACAACAUCUGUGUUGCCUUGACUUUAACAAAGACCCAAAGGGUUUGAGUAAACUAACAACAAAGCUGCUCUGUUGAGUCAUAUACCCAACUUAUUAAGAAACCAGUCCAUGUGAAACCCCGCACAUGCCCCGGGAGAGUUUCCAAGAUGUCAUUAUGAGCAUUAUGCUUUCCUCAUUCUCCUUUUUCCUUACUUUUUCUCUGUUUUUUGACUAAACUUUAAAGUGAGGGAACACAUUUUGACAACCCUUUCUUUUACAGUACACUUAUUACCAGGUAAUUACCUAGUAACAACAUGAAAUGAUCUGGUAAUUACAUGAUAACUACUAAGUCAUUACCGUCUAGUUUUUCAUUUUUUCAUUUUUCUGUGCAGCUCCAUUUUCAAAAGCUAUUUGGGGUUCUUAUUUUCUAUGAUUGACACUUGAUACAGCCUAUGGGCGUGCGGAGAUUGCGUAGCGAUACGCUGUUUGAGGGGAGCAUUAUCACAGCGACUUACCCGCCAAAUGCGUACAAUGCUACUGCGCAAGUGGUAGUUCCAGGAAGCGGAGAAAAUCCUGGAAAUAUCAGAGCAAUUCAUCUUCAAAUUUUUAUGAUGAUGGGAGGUUACCUACCUGGUAGCUAGACAGUAUUGACUUAGUAGUUAUCAUGUAAUUACCAGAUAAUUUCAUGUUAUUACUAGGUAAUUACCUGUUAAUUACCUGGUAAUAAGUGUACUGUAAAAGAAAGGGUUACCCACAUUUUUAGAAGGUUUAAAGCAUGAAGCUCCAAGUUUUAAAACUUUAUUUUGUAACAUGAGCGGUUUGAGGAUUAAAAGGCCUAUUUUUGAGGCUGUACAGUUAGCAUUUCAGCUAACAAGCUAAUGCUAGCGAAUAAGGUAUCUGGCUUAAAACUAUCGCCUAGUCUGGAGGUUUUUCUUCCAGAUGCAUCCUUAAACUGCUUUUUGCACCCCUGAAGUAAAACUAAGUGCCCUUAAAGUCCAACCGGGUUUAACAAGAAACGUUUGUCGACCUCAGGAUGUUUUACGAGCGAACCCAAAUUGUAGGGGACACCGACGACAAACGCCGAGCGCUGCUUUAAAGUGCAACUUUUCCCCACAUGUGAGCCGUACAUCAAGGCGUCUGCUGGAUUUUGACACUUUUUACAGGGAUGGCCGUAUAAAAGCUCGACUCCUGCAUAAACACAAACCCAGACACAUCUCAAAACACGACCUGCUGCCAGAGGAACUGUGUAAACAGUGUGGAACCACCCCCACAUCCAAAUGAUGUCCUGUGCUUUGUGGCACCACUUCAGAUAUCUGCUCUGGCUCUAAACAAGGGGUUGAAUCAGGAGCCAAACAGAGGAAAUUGUAGAGCUGCUUAUAUUGACUUUUUAAUACGAGGAUGUAAAGUUUUUUUUAACAAAUGUGCUGCUUUAGGAACAUUUCUUGGCAGCAUGUUUUUAUUAGGUCAGUAUCAGGGUGGGACGCUGGAAAAAAUGUGGGAGAGGGGAGAGAUGUUGGUCAUAGGUCACGUUCAAACCCGGAGAGUAUUGCUACGUUCCUAAAAUGGACUGGAUUCUCCAUCCUACACGUGCAGCACAUGUUUCUGUAGCUUUUGCGCGGCUGUGUUUCUGCCCACGUCUUUGCAGAUUCAUCCUCUUCAGGGAACGUGACUCAGCAGUGAAACGCCACUUUUUAGGGGGUAAACUGAUUCGGCUUCGCCACUCUGGGGGGGAGUUCAGCCCAGGCCUUUAGAGCUCCAGGAAACAAAGAUGAUUAGCUAAACUUUUCCAGUCUGGUGUGGCGAGCAGAUCUGACUGCUGAGGUCAUUAUGGAGCAUUCAUUUUGGAUCGGGGGCUUCUUUUCUCACUGUUUUAAUCCCUCCCUCGCUGCACGUGUGGAGUCUUUACUGUGCAAAACUGGAGCUGAAAUAAGAUCCGGAUUCGAUGUUGUUUUAAACAAACAAGAACUCCUCUGAGGGCAGCGACUGUUUAGCAAGUUAGUGGGAGAGAAACAAACAUAAUGGAGCUUGUCAGUUUAGAGAUGGAGUAUUAUCAUUGGCGGGAUUCAGAGGGAUGACAACCACGCUUAUUAAUAUGAGGGACUAAGACAGUAGAAUGGGUAUAGUUACAGUCAGUCUGAUUUACUGAGAGUGACACCAGAAUCCAAGGUUCUGACACGAGGGGCUCAAAGUUUGAGCAGUAUUUUUAUCCUCUUUUUUGGUGAAUAUGAAGCAGCGACAAACUGACCAUACUUGUGCUGAAAAAUCUUCAAACUAUCUCCAAAAGAUAUCAGGGUAACACUUUAUAAUAAACAUAACUUAUAAAUGGAAAAAAAAAAACAUUUAUAAAUGGUGAGCAGAUAGUUUAAUAAUUUUUAAUCAUCAUUAUUUAUAAAUAGCAUAUGGACCAUUAAUAAAUUGUAAAUUUGACAAUUUUAAAAACCUAACCCUAACUUUACAAUAACAUGUAAGUAAUGUUUAUAGAUGGUUUAAAAACCAAAUAUUAACCAUUUACAAUCUCCUCCAGCAACUUCUAUGGAGCUGUGGACAAACUUUAGAGACUAUUUACACAGAAUAUACAUUUUUCUCCCCCCUGGUUGUGAUGUUGACAUGUGGUUACUGUCAGACUGGUUUGUGCUCAAGUCCUCUUUUUUCUGUACAGCUCCAUUUUUAAAAGUUAUUAGGGGGUUCAUGUUUCUGUGAUUGACACUUGAUACAGCCUAUGGGCGUAUGAAGAUUGCGUAGCUCACCCGCGGGAUACGCUGUUUGAGCAGAGCGUCAUCACAGCAACUCUCGGCGACUCUCCUGCCAACUGCAUACAACGCUACCGCGCAAUGUUGGUUUCAGGAAGUGGUAAAAAAAGAUCUGUAUACUGGCAGAAGGCAGAACCAAGUUGUCCAAAGUAUAUACCGUCUUAUGUUAUGAACCUACAUGCGAAAAUGUCUGAUUAUUGUGUGGACACGUCUGCAGAGGCUUCUGUGUAUGUUUGCAUGAUGUAAAGGGCUUCUUGUUUACAAAGUCUGCACUGAAGAGUCUAAACCUGCAUCCUCUCUCUAUAUAUCUACAUGCAUACUCUGGUAGAUGUGAUUUAAACAACAUAUUUUUGCAUAAAUGAUCAUUAAAAAAACAAACUUUAAGCAUGUAAUAAUGAUGUUUCACAGGUUUUCUACUAUGCAGCUUUAUGUGACUAUAAAGUGAUCGUGAAUAGGGCAGGUGCAGCAGCCAAUCAAGAUGUGUAAGGCAUGCAUAAUGAUGAGCGUAGCGUCUCUCCAAAAUUAUUCCAGCUGAGACAAAAAUGCUCAUAAAUAGUACUCGAGAAAAUGUGGACAAAAAAAGAUCAUCAGCUGAUAAAAAGUCUAAAAAUAUUAAGUAGAGAAAACUAUUCAGAUUUAAAUCCAUAUAUUUAAUUUACCUAAGAUUAAAAAAAGCCUUGCAGAGUCUCUCUCUGUCUCUCUUUGUAGCUCAACAAGCCGCUACAAGACAAGGAAGAUGUACUCCUUAAAUUAUUGGCAAUGAAACUCAACACAUCACCGAUGCCCCAGAGGUGAAAAAAACAAAAGACGACAAGACAGAUGGCUGCAGGCAGAGUCUUUACCUGUACCAACUCCAGCCCGACAUGGCUGAAUAAAUAUCUCUUUGAAGGGCUGUCAUUACUCACCGAUCAGCUAUUUGUAACACUACCUCCUGAGCGUCUCCAUCACUCAGCUCUGGAGCGCAGGCCGCCACCGCCGCUCUGAGGCCUCUGUAUACAUUAAGGGGUGUCUGCUUAGGCAUGUUGCGAAGAUACUGUUGUCAGAGGAGUCAAGGGAGGUUGAGGUGAUCACUGUUUCUGGUUUUAAAGCGGAUCUUUUGGUCGUAAAGGUGUUUUUGGGACUUUUAAGAGUAAAGAUUUCCUCAAAAACCAAAGCUCCCUCCUUCCUGAGGGACUUGGACAUCUUUCCUCUUUGACUCAUAGACCUCAGAGUGAUAAAUUACUCUGGUGCAUUCCAGUUUGGGCCUGAGGAGACCCCCACUCACCAGUCACAGAGGGGUGGUUUACCCAUCUGUAGAAAAGACUGGAAUAUGAGGGCCAUUAAUUUUCUCCUCCUCCCCCCCUCGGCUGUGGAAAGAAAAGCCUCACAUGCUAAUAAAAGUGUGACAUCACUCGAGUGCAUGCAUUUCAAACCCGGUGAUUAUCCUCGAGUCGCAGGCGGUAACUUUCUCAGGUUUCUUUUCUGUGGCUUCAAAUUCUCUGACUUCGCAGCUAUAGUUCAAGAAACUCCAAUGUCAGGGUUACUCAAAAGUUGAUCGAUUUUAAAUCCUCUAUACUUCAUGGUUAAUCUAACAUGUUAACUUAUUCCUGAGGAGUUACCAGUGAAGUUCGUCAAACUUCUCUGGUGCCCUGAAAGAAGAGAAGGCUUCAUUACUCCAGCUCUCUCAGUCAUGGAGGUUUUCUGCCUCCGUUUGCAGAACUGCUCCCCAUCUUGUGGUCGCAGAGGCUUGGAUGAAACCCACUCCUGCUAUUAUACCAAAUACUUCUAAUUGGACCAGUCUUCCAUGCGUGGUCUGGAGGGAAAAAGUUGAAGUUCCUCACAUUGCUGUGAUAAAAUGGAACGUUUUUAUUGUGUGAAGAAGGUGGAUCCCACUGUUUUUAAUGAGUUUGGAGUGUUAGCCUCAUAUGUGGGUGGGGGAAAGUUUUUAUGAACUUGAUUAGGAGUUGCAUCAGAGUGCUGGCUGCAAUCUUAAACAAUGUGAAGUGUAUAUAACAUCAGAAGGGAUGAAUUAGCUGGAUUUAGACAGGAGAGGGAAGCAACAGGAGAUUAUUUAGGGGUGUCACCAAAAAUUCAAUGAUCUGAUGAUCAGGUUUUGGCAAACAGCUGUAGGAUGGACUUAAAGUUGUAAAUUUGGACUUUCACUUGCAGAUUCGGUCAAAAGAAGUAUAAAAACCCAGAGUUAGUUAGACUCUUUCUUGCCAUGUUCAAUGAUAUACUGGAUUUGAUGGAUUACAGCAGAGUAGCGAGCAUUAACUGCAUAAAGAUGGAUGUAUAGUUUAAUUGGUGUCAUCCGUUGGUUGCUCAAAGUUUUUUUUUGACUACUCAAAGUGUUCUCAGUGGUCUUUAAAUUGUGAUUAAGAUUUUAGCCAAAAUCACAUUUUCAAGGGUUUUUCUUCUGCAGAGCUCCAGUAGCUCAUUAGCAAUUCGUCUCUGAGUCGUGGGCGGAGACAGAGCUGCUCUGCACACUCCUCUUCACGUUAGCUUGCAGCCUAACCUCACAUUUCCACCGCAUCCGGAACGGCUACGAAAAGGCCGUAUCUGACUAUCGUAGCUGAUCGUAACCAUUAAAGUUAAUUUGUCAAUUUCUAUCGGCUUCUUUCCGUUCCACUGCAGAUCGCCGGACUCAGCAGCUGACUGCAAGAGUUCUAUUUUUUACGGGUGCUGGAGCAUGCCGGAUAAAUUCAGCACAGAUUAAUCCGCGCUUGAAAGGAAGUCAAGCACAGACGCAAAAUAAAACAUCUGGCUUCUUUUCAAAAUAAAACACUGUGUUGCGAUUCCUGCUGUCCUGCCGCCACGAAAUUCACCUCACAAACAGAUCCGAGUGGAAUUUGCAUACGGCAAAAAUCACAGCUGUGGAAAUCCCAAGUAACAUAAUCGCCAGUGUAGUAGAAGCUUUUCAGCUCUCGGACACUGAUGUCUUUGGGGACAUGAUGAAAGUCAAUUUCAUAAUUAGCUUUCUUACAAGCAUUGCAAUCCGCAAAUGCACACACUUGUUCCGUGAUUAUCCUCUCUACUUUUUCCGAGUCUAGCCUGCAUUGCGGGGCUCUGGGGGCGGAGCUUGGAUUUGUGACAUAGGAAAUCUCACUGUGUCUGAACCUGCCAUUUGGAUCUGCCAGAGAUUCAAUGCGAUUUGAAUGCAGAAAUACUCAGAAAUGCAAUUUUGCUCUUAGUUUUCUCUUGAUAUGCCCUGUAGCAAAACAUGAUUUUCAUCGGAGUGGGUGAAAUGAAGCCCAAAGAUGGGUGCUGCCAUGCUGGAAAUGCUGACUGAUCUACUGUACCUACCUAAUCAUGCGUUCGUUAUCUAUACCACUUAUCUCAUAUUAGGUCUUGGGGGAGGGCUGGAGUGAAUCCUAGCUGUGAUUGGGUAAGAGACAAGGCGACCCUGAAGAGAAGGCCACCAUAAGGCUAACAUAUAUACAGACAACCGGACACACUCACACCUACAUACAGUUAACCUAACAAUUAUGUCUGGACUGGGCUGCAGGAGGAAAUGUUGAUUCUUGUACCUCUUUGAUCUCACCCACAAAGUACAGAAGUUUGAGCCUACCUGAGAUGAAUUAUACUUUUAUAUAAAGUUGUUAUUUCUAUCUCUAAAGUUUAGUUUCAUUCACAUGUCCCAUUGUUUAAACUCUCCCUGCAUGUGUGGAUAAUGGACGACUGCCUGAGGCGACACGGUUCAUCAGAUAGGGGUGAAAAGUAUGAACCCAAGUAUUUCCCCGUUUCUUCCAGUCAAGCUCGAGCCCCAUCAGCUCACACAUCACACAUCAGCACACGCACAGCAAACGGCAGAGCGCUCUGCCAGUUUCCAAUCAGUUUGACAGCCGCGCUGAGAGCCCGAGGACAUGCAAAGUGUGUUAAGCCUAUAUAAAGCCUCUGCUGCACUCACAAACAUGCAAGUUCAGUCCUGCUCCGUGAGGCUUUUAUUACAGCGGUUUGAAUGGAAAGUUAAGGCAUGGCCAUUUCUGAUGUAGCUUUAGAUUCGAAUUUGUCAAAAGGAAAGGAACAAUAAUGAGGACAAACACUGAGUGAAGAGUCAGGGUCAGGUUUCAUCGAGGUCCAGAUACUAUUUUUUAAUAAAUCUCAUUAUGCUUUUGUGCUGCAGGUAAACACUGGCCUCUGCAUGCUUCUCUCAAUAUCACAUCGUCAUGAAUUUUAACGCCAAUUCCAGUGAAAUAAAAUUUGUGAUGCAUAAAUGAUUAUCCCCUCUAAUAGUGAAUACUUGAUUAGUUAUUGCAACACGAAUAUCUGCUCAAGUUGACAUUUUCAGCUCCCACCCAAUUCCCAUCAUUCGCACCGCCAGAGUAGUACGAGCGUAUAAUCGCGUCUUUGUCUUCGCUUAGCAUGUAAUUCAAUUGUGCAAAUGAUUUUACUCGCGUGUGGUGUGUGGAGACAGUCAGAGGUGUAGCCGUGGCUCAACUUCUCUGUGCAUGUAAACACAAUGAGUGUUGAAGACAGCAGCUGCAUGUGAGCCACUGGUUUCCUCUGAUUCAGAAAAGUCCUGAAAUACAUUUACUAUCAAGUCUCACUCAUGACAGUUACUAUUUUUCCUUUGUCAUUGAGAUGGGCUCACAAUUUACACCUUUUAUUUAUCAAACAGGUUUUAUUUAUGGGUGAAGAAAGGAUGUAACAAAAGAAAUGUAUCAUCAAAUAUACUGAACGGUAAUAAUAAUGAAAACAAUCCUGUUAUAAUACGUUAUCUUUGUAGGGAGAGAAAAGAUCAUCAGUCUCAGCUGUUAAAUAGACGCCACAUUUCAGUAAAGGAGGAGGAGGCUCUCCUGGAGGGUCACACAGGGAGUAACAACAUGAACUCUGAUGUCAAAGAUGGUCCUACUGCUUAUUCUCUUUGGGACCAAAACUCUAAAGUACCUCCUCAGAACCAAAGGUAGGAGUAAGACUUGAUGAAUGAAAAGCGGGAUGUUUGCCAGUUACUAAGACGGAUGAUUUUAUGAAGCUGUCAGGCGACUGUUGGACCAGCUUCUAAAGAGGGAGUCAAACUUUCCAACCUGAGCUUCAUCUUCAGACACUGAGAUCCUCUGACUCGCCGUGAUCUCAUGAGAACUUCAUGCACAGAAGCAAAACCACACUGCAUCAUGUUUUUGUCAUCAGGGAGAACACCAGACGCAUUUUUGCAACAAAUAUGAGGAAACGUGGAGAAAUGAGCAGUGAGCAGGAAGCAGAAUCGCUUCAAGGUUUGGCGUCCCGUAAAAUCAACCCUGAAGUGCAUAGAGAGUGUUUUCUUCAAAUAAUCUUUCAAAGUAACCCUACACUGUUAAAAAUCAACUCAAUAAGCACAUUAGAAGAGAGUAUAUUUGAUCAAGACCCCUCUGGUAGUUCUGUUUCUGUCCACCAUUUUCCCCUUCUGGUGCCUCUCAGCUUCUCUGUCUGCAAAGUAAACAAAUGUCGGAGUCGGACUCUCAGAGGCAGGACUUCCAUCCCCCUCAGAGAUAGCUGGCCAAUGACUCAUGCUCAGCGGCCUCAGUCCUCCUCACAUUUUCCACAAGGUGCAAAUCAUUUCCCCACAAGCAUGUAAAACUGAAUGUACAUGUGGUUAGGCGUCAGGCCACUCGAAAAACCGUCAGACCGCUGGUUUGCUCUGGCUGACGGAGGCUGUAGAGCAACCCUCAAACUCAUUUAGAGGGAUACAAAGCUUUUCUUCUACCUUGAAGACAUCAGAAUCAGGUCUUCUCAUUAUCUAUCAAAGUUACAUAUGUGUUUGCAGGUUAUUUAGGAUUAGAUGUCUAUUUCUUCAGGACUCUAAACUGAAGUGGAUUUAUUUUCUGCCAUAAAUGAGAUCCUCUUCCCUUCUUCCUCCUCCCACAUCACCGAGGAAAUCCCUUCCCCAGAUUGUUCUCCCCCCUUGCGCCUGGAGGAGGAGCCUGUCUAUCCCAGACUGUGACUGAUGACUGUUGUGUUAUGGCUUUGCUUCUUCAUUUGUCACCCGGCAUACCGAUUGGCUGCUCCGUUUGAGACAGUUGUCGGGACUUGUUCGGAAAGCUCUCUGGGAAUACAUGAGCAUCCAUCAUGAUUACAAAGUCAACAUCACCUUUGUCAGGACAGGAGGAGUGGGAGAAAGAAAGUGAUGAAUAAAGAGGUUGAAUGGACUCAGGCUGGUGGAGAAUUCAUGGUUAUAGAUGUUGUUCUUGUUUCCUCAAUCUUCAAACCUGCAAAUAUUUCCUUCCUCGGGAAUUAUUUGUAGUUCUGAUUAUUUUAUCAUUUGGAAACCUAAAUUUUCAGUCUUAUAAACUCGUUUACAUUGCUUUUUGUGUCUGUGAAUAGUUGUGUUUGACUAAGACGUGACUUCUGUCACAUCCGCAACAUAGACUCCCUCCCCCUCUUCAAAUCCAAACUCAAGACACACCUGUUAAAACUGGCCUAUCCAUCCCACCAGCCCUAACUCACUCUAUUAAUUUAAUUUUAAUUGGUAUUAUUUAUUUCUUUAUUUAUUCCUUUGCUGUUGUUUAUGCUGCUUUGUUGAUUUUAACUGAUUUGAUGAUUGAUGAUUUUAAUUGUUAAUAGUGUUUUGUUAUCAUUGUUUUAUAUGUUCUGUAAAGUGUCCUUGAGUGACAUGAAAGGCGCUCCAAAUAAAAUGUAUUAUUAUUAUUAUUAUUAUUAUUCUAUGUCUAAAACAUGGAGUCACACACUCUUAUAGUUCUUUGGAUGGCCACUUAAGGUUUGUGCAAAAGUAGGAUAAUACAUCCUCCUGUCUUACAUAAUGAUGGACAAUGUUAUCCCAGUGUACAAAAGUGAUGCCAAACUGUCCCCUUGACAGGCUUUGACAUAUCGAGCUCUACAUCCUAAUCCUUCGAUCCCUGAGGAUGGUGAAGUGUAUGUUUAAUCUUCAAAAAAUCUUCUCACAUCGACAACUUUAUCAAAACAUAAUUUUUUUCAAUGUUGGUAAACUUACAUGUGCAAGAGGCAUCAGUUGGGCUAAGGGUUUAGGCACGCCCCUUAUAUAUGUAGACUUUAGUUAUUAGUUAAGUUAUUUUCACAGUGGUAGCUGGGUAAUCUUCUGGCCUCAGCCCCUUCUCACCUCUGCUUCAUGACCGCUACAGCUAUCCUAUACAAUAAAAACUCAAAAGUCCUAAAAUAUAACUAAAAAUAAUCUCUGUAGCAGCUCGCCUCAUGGCGUAGACCCUCUGCACACUUCUGGGUUACAUAGCAGCAUCAUUUUGUGACAACUUUUCCCUCUCAUUGUGUCAAAAUCGCGCAUUUAAAGCAAAGGUAGGCGUACCUAAAAGUAAAUCAAUUUGACAAACAAGCAAAGCAGCCAAAGUGGACAACAUGUCUCCAAAAUAAACAUCAGUAAAACCUCAGGGACGUGACCCAUUGAUUUCUAAAGUGUCUGCCAUAUUAGAAAUGCUCAAUCCAGCCUUUUUGUUCAACUUAGCAAACUUGUAACUUGAACAUCUUCAUACUUGAUAAGUUAUUUUAAAAAAGUGCAACCUCACAUACAAGGUGUGCAGACACAGAAACAAGCUAUUCAGAUAGAAAACUGUUUUAUUUGUUCAAGGCUAUAAAAAUGUUUAUUUCUACUAUGAAGAUGGGCUUUUUUAAUGGGUGUGUAUGUGGCUUUUGGGGCUUUUGGGACGGGCCUCAAGUGGACACUUUGGGAACUGCAGUUUUUGACAUUUCCUUCUUUUCUUUAUCUUUAGGCUCGAAUGAUUACCAAACCCCAAAACAUAUGGUGAUUCCAUGUUUUCAUUCGUAUUUCAAGUGGAAAAAGGUCAAUAUGGUAUUUCUUAUAAAAUGCCAAACAAACACUUUUUUAUUUUAGCGAGGAAAUUCCUUUAUGAAGUUGAAGUGGAAGUGUAGUAGCUGAUAUGAUUUCCUCAUUAUCGAGCUUCCUUCGGCCUGUUUUCUUCAGGAUAUUGUGCACUUGUGUCAGGAGUUCAGCAGGAAGUGCGAGGAAACAAUUCAUUUCUCUUUGGGGUAAAGAAAGUUGACCUCCAGGUCGCCGCUGCAGACGGCGCUCAGAUGUGGGCACCGAGGAGGCCCCUGGUGUCGGUUUCCUUUCGCUCAUGCUUGACGGAAAUGUGCCUCAUGUUAAAAACAACAUGCCCCUGCCGUCCAGAUAAGUUCAGGAUUAGACGAUCAAAGAGGCUAAUUAGGUGAGAGCGCGGGUCAACUCCACGUUAAGGUAAAAGAAUAUAUAAAUAUGAAUGAAUCGGGAGGAUUGAUCGGUCUGUACCUGGUUGAAAGUUUUGGUAUAAUUUAUAAGAUCUGGCCCUAGUGAGUCACAGGAGGACAGAUUUACUGCACAUACUGAGAGAAAAAUAUGACUAAAUGUUGUGAAUGUUUAUCUGCGUUGGAUAUUUUCUAAGUGGAAAGUCUCCUCUGCUAAAAUAAUCAGAUUGUCUUGUUUCAAGUUGUCUCCUUGUUAUUGUCUCUAUUUUAUUGGCCUCGAAUGUCUUCUGGCUUUGGAAGCGGGGGGGAGGGGAUCGGGACAAGAUGACUUAAACAGACGAGCCAAAAACCACGAAACUGCAUGUUAGGAAAGAGGGGAAGAGUCUUCAGCGCUUUGGCAGCCGGAGACUCGGGCUCAGUUUAGAGGAGGAGGAGGAUUGUUGAAGUACAAGUUGGAGAUAGCACAGGGGAGAUUUUUCCGCUGUAGGAAGUUCGAUCAGGGCUUACACCUCCAGUGGGGAUUUGUCGAGGCCCUCCGCCUUUUAGGAGUUUCACUUUCAGAGCAACAAAGACAAGAAAGACGAGGUUUACUGACGACAUUAUCAAGGUCAAGGGUCAAGUUCAGCCACGUCUUCUCUAUUCGUAGUCCGGCUUAAGCUUGAAUCCACUUAUCAAAGCUUAUCUCAGCAGCCAGGUGCUCCUAAAAAACCAAGAAUCAGCUGAAUUUUAAAUUAUUCAAACAAGAUUUUCUUAUCACAUAUAUAAAACGUUUAAUGGCUCAGCUCCAAUCCACAUCUUGGACCUCUUCCACACUGGAAUGUAGCCUCAGGCCUGCCAAGAAGUUUCUCCUUGAACUUCUCAAAUAUUCAAAGUGUAUUCAUACAGUUUUCGGUUGGAAACUAGAGAGAAAGGUUUUAACUUGAUGCUUUUCAACCCCUCACAGAUUAUCUACGCCUUAGGUUAAGAGAAGGAGAUGACAGUAACUAGUAGGAAGCAAAGAUGUCUUCAUGAAUAAUAGGCGUCCUGAAGCACAAAUCAAGAGGAGAUGUUGUGGUCAUUGAGUGCAGCUCAGAUCUUCUUGGAAUUUGUCCAUCAGUGUCUUUCAAAGUCUGACCCUCAGUGGCCCUGAAGGUCAAAAAACACAACUCCAGAAAAGAAAUUUGACUCCCCCCAAAAAACAGAAACAUUUCACAAAACAUGACAACGUCCUCAGGCUACAGGAAAGUAACACAAUACAUCUCACACACGUCUUCAACCUUCCUCCUGUGUUCGCUUUUACUACACACCCACCAUGUUAAGGGUCGGUUUUGACCGGUAUCCUAAAUCAGCUGUAAUUACACUAAAAACAAAUCUCUAUCAUCCAAUUUGGUUCUCAUCUCUAGGUUACCUUGUUAGACUUCAUUAUCCAUGAAAAUGUUGCUUAUAAUAUUUUUUGUUGUGAGCCUCUGGGCCUUUCUUUGUCAGUAUACCCCUCACACAGACAUCUAUACUGAAUUGAUCUCAUGUACGUGGACAUGCCCAAUGUUGUUAUUUGUGUGGGGAAAAACAUGGCAAAAUGAGAAUUUCCUCAUGAAAUCUCACAUGAUUGGAAGGGACUGUCAAUGUGGUGCCUGAUAAUGCACUUAUGCCAUAAUUUUAAUAAGAGCAUUUUAUAAUUUAGUCAAUUUAAUUUUUAAAUUUUUAUUUAGUUGAAAUAGAGGUUCCUGACAAAGUCUUGAUGCAAAAAAGUUCAUUUAAGUGAUUCUUUUAAGCAUUUAAAUCAAAAACGGGUCGGUGCAGACCCGAACACAGGAGGAGGGUUAAAUGUAUGUAAAAACUGAGGCUACCUCUCCAAAAGUGAAGCCAAAAUACGUCUUAAAUGCACACUUAAAUCAAGCCCCUUCUGUCCUUGUUUGAGUCUAUGAUAAGAGGCUCACUAGUUAUGUGUUGAAUUAUGGACACCUCUAGCUUGUAUCUACUCAUUUAUGAUUUUAAGGUCAAGAGCCAGUGCUCAUAACUCAUGUGUUAUGAGCAUGCCCAGAACACCUUGGGAUCCCCCAGUAGUGUCGAUGUAACCAUCAGAAAUCUAUAACCUCUGUGUUAAAAAUAAAUGACAUUUAAUUUGAAUGAUUUUUUACUCCUGUUUCAGACUUUUAUUCUCGGCGGUCAGCAGCUUCAGAUCCCUUUGAGAGACCUACAUAAACAAAGAGAUCAUAAAUAUGAACACUACAGCGCAGCUGUGUCAAAUAUUUACAAGAAAGUAGGCCAUCAACAGGUUUCUUUUUAUCUCAGUGUGAUGGUUCGACUGUAUCCUCUCUGAUAUACAACAUGGAGGUCUGCGUUUUACAACGCGCUCCAUGUGCGCUCCAUCUGCUCCCACAUUCUUCCUGUCCAAUCCGACGCUUCAGUUUACACGACAGUAACACAAGAACGAGGAUUUCUGUCUGCUGGAUUAAAACAUGGCUUAAAAAACCAGCGUGGAGACGGAGGUAGUCCCCGGUAAAAGGUGGUGACUGUGAAAGGUGAGCUCUCUGACGGUGUGUAAGCUCUGACUGCAGAGUCUGUUUAUUGCAAUAUUUUGGCAGACGUAUCCUUGGAGACCUGGACACAGUUAAUUAUUUCCAUUCUCUGUUUCAGACCAAAGCUGAAGAAUCAAAGAAGCAACCCAUCAUGUCUGUCAAUACCUUCAGGAGAGGCGGACAAAAUGUACAUUAGACCAGAAUCAGCCCAAAGACAAAGAGUUUCCUGUUAAUACUUUAAAACAUGCUGAGGUCGUCCUAUUUUUAACAGAGUAACUGAAACUGUGAACCGAUCAUAUCCAAAUCACUUCAGCAGACGUUUUCUGUAGCUGCUGUAGUCAUCACCUUCAUCUACAGGAGUGCUUAACAUCACAUUCAAGCAGGAGAGAGGUUAAUUUGUGUGUUUUUAGGCAAACUCAGAGAAUCCAAGUGUUUCAGUAGGAGGAGUUUAAUAUUCAGGGAGGAGACAGAGGAGUGAAAUGGAGGAUGAUGUCUGAUGCUCAAAAGUUUUUAACCACUUCCUUCUCCUGCAGUCUAACUCACAGAGAUUAAAAAAAUCAGCUCUUUUUUGGAAAUCACAGUUUUCCCUGAAACCUAAUCUGAUCUGGCAAAUAUGAACUCCAGUCCAGCAGGCACAUUUGCAAAAACCACCUUAACAUUUUUGAACAACUCUUGGUACUUAAAACAUUUGCAAACCAAAGUGCAUUAUUUUCAAAUAAUUUUAAGUAGUUUUUAUCUUAGAGCCUCCCUUGUGACCUUGUUCCCUUGAGAUAAUAAUAUUUUCUGUCAAUUUUUUUUUAUUAUCUUGAGCAGCAGUCUCGUGUCUUUGGAGAUAACGCUGAUGUGAAAGUGCCAAAAACUGCAGUUCCCAGAGUGUCCACUUGGGGCUGUCUGCAGAAGCACCAGGAACCCCACACACACUCAUUCAAAAAGGCAAAAAUAAACCCGUUUAUAACCUGGUUUAAAAAGCAGUUUUGGCCUGAAUAGUUUUGAGUUCACAUGGCGCCCGCUGUUUUUCUGUAAUGCGUGUAUUUUAGAAAUAUUAGGGUUACGAUAUCAGCGAAUCAGAGGCAUAGCUGACUCGACUGACAUUGUUGCUGUUUGCCAGAAGGGUGAAGUCCUGCCUCUUGUAAAUCAACCAACUGCAACUGCUGCCGGUAUGUUACCGUCAUUUACUGUCAUUUUAACUGAUUUUUUACAGCAUGUUUUGAGAGAUAAGCACAGACUUUAAGAACACAGUCUAUGCUCGAAACAAACCCAGACAUACAACAAAUUCAUAGUCAUCCUCCUCACCACAAUGAAGUCAUGUCUUUUACCUAACCCUCCUUUAACAUUUCAUUCAGUCCUCACAAAAGACAGGCGAGUCUCAUUUUACAGCCCGGUCAGAGAAGGUAGCAGACGUUUUUUUUUCUUUUACGUCUUAAAGCAGGAAGCAGAGUUUGAUAAUCAUCUCCAAACCUCCUGAAAUUUGAAUCAGAAUAGUCCCUCUGUAUUUUACAUUAGUGUAAGUGCUGACAGCCUAAUGUUCAUAACUGAAGCUUUCUGUAAAAGGAAACCAGGGGUUGUGGAUUGAUUUUCUGCCCUAAAGACGGAGAUCGCCGAGGAAACAGAAACACACCGCGCGCGUGUGUCAUAAACAAUAUCCGAUGAAGUUUUGAAUUUAUGAUCAGUCAUCGUUUACCUUAGCUCCGUUUGGCAACACAAGCAGCCAAAGUUUUGACUCCGAUCAGCAUCUGGUGGAAAGAUUGGUACAAACUUUGGUGGAGGAUGAACUCUUAUGUCUUUUUAGCAGGGAUAAUCCAGGUGCGAGGAUGAAUUUUAAGGAGUUUGCACCGGAUUUGUCCCAUUUUUAACUGCAUGUUUAAUACUCCAUAACUUUCCAUUUUAAAGCUUUUACAAGCUCUUGCUAAUGAUACGAAGCAACUUUUACCAGGGUCUUGAUUUUGGGAAAAGGCGAAGGUUAGGUGAGCUUUUAGCCGCCUAAAAGACACUUUAGAUGUAUCCAUCUUUGAGUCGAUGUAGCCACGCCCCUAAUUAAAGAGAUUUAUGAAAAAACUUGUUCAUCUGAACAAAAUUCACCCCCUCAAACUAGAUGUUUUAAAGCAGACUGCGAACAUGUGAUAAUUUGCUGUUAAAAUUGGUACUUUAAUAUAGGCAGUAAUGAGAAUUCUUUGGCUUUUGCUGCGAGCCUCUAGUGGACACUGAAGGUACUGCAGUUUUUUGCCUCACUUUAUAAACUUCACUUUUCACCACUCAAGUUUGCCAAAGCCUAAAAAGUUGAUUUACACAUUAGUCCCGCCUCUGACGAGACAGUAAGACAAUCAUAGCACAGAAUUUGGGGGCGUCCAAUUUGAUUGCAGGGGGAGGGGUUUGGUGUCUCCUUGACCUCUGAGGAAAACAGCUUCUUUAUAUUCUCUCAUUUCAACAUGAGAAAAUACCAGAAAUCAUAAUUAAAAUCCACAGUACUGAACACAGUGUAACAGGCUCAUUGUCUUUGAAUGCAGCAUGUGGUUGUUGACUUUCCUUCAAUCAGUCCAAACUAAACAUAUUCACAGACCAGCAGGAGACCAACGAUGAUUCAUCAAACUAAUUCCUAAAGUCCCGUCUUCACGUUUGGAAACAUUCUUCAGUGACUAAAUCCUCGGCCAACAAGGGCCGACUGUUGGUACUUGUUGCAGUGUUUGCAGUUUCCUUUUUUUUUUUUGAGUGUUUCCACUCAAAGUUAAAACUGCAGCUUCUCGUGAAUCUCUGAGCACGAGGACUCUGAAUUGGCUGACCCUGUUUGUGGGCGGAACCAACAAGAAAACAGCUGUCUUUCUCAUUAACUCUGCUUUAGUCUCUUAAACCCCCUCCUCUUCACCCACCCACAUCCAACCACACACACACACACACACACACACACACACACACACACACACACACACACACACACACACACACACGCACACUCAAACACACACCCUGUCUGAUGGGAAGCCAAUCACCUGAUGCUUUUAGCACCUUGUGGACACGGCUCACAGCUGUUUCCUGUCAUUCUGCUCGGGGCUGCUUGUGUGUGGCAAAGAGUGAGGAAAAACUGGGUGUAUUUUAAAAAGGUCAAAUAUAUGUUGUUGUUGGUUUUUUUUUAAAGGUGUUUCAAAGAUUUCUAAAUGUAAUAAACAAAAUCUAUCCAACUUUACGUACAUGUUUGACAAGUUUGACAAGCUUGAACAGAUCCCACUGUAUGUGCCAUCAGACCGUGUGUGUGGUCUCUUAAUGAAACAGUUUAAACCUCCUUUAAAUAAUCGGUCUGCUCGUCUGUUUGUCUCCUUUGAGCGGAUUUUCCCAAGAUGAAUCAAUGACUUGUUAUGCGGUGUUAAAGUGACCUGGAAAGCUGGACUAAAAUAACUUUUUUAAUGUCUUUUGGGGUCAGAAAAUUGCUCUACUUUUCAAGUGUUCACGUUUGACAGAGGUGGAGUCACUGGAAAGUUGUAAGUGUCUGGGGCUUCAUUUUUAACCGGAUCAGGAACUUUGUGAUGGUGUCGACGAUCAUGUGAAAAGAUUAGUUUGAUCUUAAAAUAGAAAGUAAAGGAAACAAAAAUAGGAAAACAAGUCAUGAUUUUUUUACUCCAGCCACGUUUUACAAAGUUUUACAAAGUUUUACAAAGUUUCACAAAGUUUUACAAAGUUUCAUAAAUCCCAAUGAGCUUGAAGUAACUUAAUAACUAAUAACUUAAACAAAACAUUACAAUCAAAACCUGUGACCACAUCUAUGUGUGUACGGGAUGUGUCAAUAUACUGGUAUUAACAAUAACUGUCUUGUUAGAAAAUACAUUAAUAUGAACGUCAAACUAAAAAUAAGCAUUUGGUUCCAUAAGUGACUCACUAGUGUCCUUAACACUGGUUGCCGCAAGUCAUAAAACAGAGCAUUGGUGAAGGAGAGGUGUUAGGCCGCCAGUGAGCUAGCACUUAGAAAUGAAUAAACACUUGCGAAAACUAAGGAUCGAGACUGAGUUAGGACCCCAAAACAAAAUUUGAGCAUGUGCCUCUUCAGGUUACAAACUGAACAUUUAUACUCAACCGUUUUUCAAGUGUUUUUCAGCUCUGUAACUUAUGAUCUACCAAAAGUAGUGUACUACAAAAUAAAAGCAUGGAAAUAAGCAAUCGAAAUGCAAGACAGUGAAAAUGUUUGUUUUGCUUUUCCUUAAUUUGACUGAUUGUGUUACGUAUUACCAUAAUAGUCACGAGUUGAAAAUCUGACAGGCCUUUUUGUGCAUUUUUCCUCAAAUACAGUCUUGACCUCCCGUCUUCAAUUCAAAAGUUUUUAAAAACACCUCCACAGGUCUAAAAAUUCCAACAGUGAAACCUUGAUCUUAGGAAUAUUGUCAUUUUCUGCAUGUGCUGAGAUGUUAGGCUACCAGUUUAUUCACGUCCGUUAGGUUUAUUUGCAUAUUUUUGAGUAACUUUACUUCACGGCAACACAGGAGUAAAAAUUUUCACGUCAAAUGGUUUUUAUUCACCACUUUUACGAACACUAUUUACUCAAAGUUCUUCAACACAGACACGAACUGUGUUCUUCUGUAGCGAUUAAGGCGACUGUGUGCGCACUAUUGCCACCUACUGGUCUGGCAUGCUUAUAUGCGUAUUUUGCACCACUUACAAGUUGCCAUGGGAACAAAGUAUGUUUUCUUUUUAACUUUUUGAAAACAGGGGGAAAUAAUGAAGAAUUUUAAACAUGUGAAUGUGACGUGAAUCAAACCGUCUCCUUCAUGUGUAUCAGGAAUCAAUGGCUCCUUAUUAAGUGACGUCAAAGUGACUUGAAGAUGUGUUUUGGGGAUUUCUCGUCCAGAGAGGUGGAGUCAUAUUAAGAGUUGGAUAUAUUAACAAUCUACUGUAUCUGAGGCCUCAUCUUUAAUCUACAUUAGUCCUCAAAUUUCACAGAUCCCAUCCUACAUUUAUAACUUUGGGGGCAAAUUCUCUUUCCCUGCUGAAAGUCAAAAGGUGUUGACCUCAGAUUUCUCUCUAAAUUUAAACUCUGGAUUCCCAAUCGUGACCACCUACAAUCCUGACCACCCACAGAGUUUCUCUAACACACAGUUUCACUUUUUUUUACCUUUUAUUCCUUUACCUUCGACUAAGAACCCCGCAAUUCAAGAGAAAACCUCUGAUUUUAUAAGCAAACAUGCAAACAAGUGAUCUCGUGUGCUACAAAUUCUCCGCAGCAAACAAUACAGUUAUAAAGUCUAUUCUUACUUUAAACUGGCCUGUUAAAAAAGAUCCUCUCUGCUUACUGUGUGUCCUCUCUGGUGCCCCAAAGACGGCAAUAAAACAACACUUUUUAUGAUCUUGCUAAGCAACCACUCGAGGAGAGAAGCAACAAUCGGAGACAAGUCGAGUUAUCUCUCCUUAUCUGCUCUCUCUGAUCUUCUCCUGAAUGUCUUGUUAGAAACUAAUGGAGACUACUUUUAUUCCAAGAAGCAGAGAGAGAGACACUGGAAAGUAUGAGAACUUGUGAACAUGGGUGUAGUUCUCCCACAGCCUGUGAGAGGAUGGGAGAGGGCUGACAAAAGGGGGAGGAAAAUUAGGCUCGCCAGCAUUCUUCUCAUUUAAAGCUGUAACUACACAAAAAAGCACUCACGCAGUCUGGGCUGGGUCUGCUUGCUGCUUACAAGGAGGGGGACUCUUGUAUUCAUGGUGGUGCAGUGAUAACCUGAGCUUUUUUACCCCUUUUUUUUUUCUUCAUCCUUUUUCCCCUUUUUCCUCUCAUGUCUUUCUUAUAGACAUGAUGAGCUUCGUGCGUUUAAGGACUUUUCUUUUUCUGCUCGUCUCCGGGGCUCAGGUUUUGAUUGUUUCAUGUCAGGACGGGAACAGCGGUAAGUUAAACCCUUGUGCUGUUUGUUUUAACACCUAAUUGCUGCUGGGUUUUAAAUGUGUGAAGGAAAGGAAGGUCAGGUUUGCCCUUCAGGUGACUUUAACUUGGAGUUUUUAAAGUGUGAAGUUUGGUCUUGGAGAUUCUUGUUGUUUUAGGAAGCUCUUACAAGUUUGGCUCAGUUUGGAUAUCACUCUUUUCUCUUUUUUUUACCCAUGAGUUAAACUUGAUCAAACUUUUAUCAGAAAUGUUGUUUUCUGAGGAUUGAGCAUGUGAGUUAGAUCCUCCUGCAGAGGUGGUUUAGACAGUCUAGAUGUCCCUUUUUUUGGGGUUAAUCUCGCUUUGAAGCAGCAAAAUUAUGGAUUAGAACAACUCCGCUGUGGAUUAUCCGCAAUUGGCGAGCAAGCGGUGUAUGUGAGGAAACAGCUCUGUGGACAUCUGUCAGUGAUUGCCUGUGAUGUCACCCUCAGGCACCGAAAAAGAAGUGUGCAGAGGAGGGAAACGAGCACCUUUGCGGUUUUACAUUUCUCCUGCAUGGCUCUUUGGCCGCUUUGGAACAUUCAUUACCACAAACGCUUUUUCUUCCCUCUCUCUCUCUCUCUCUCUCUCUCUCUUUCUUUCUUUCUUUCUUUCUUUCUUGCUCUCUCUCUCUCUCUCUCUCUUUUUCGAACAGCGUUGUACAUCUGCAGAAAGAAUUUGCGCAGCAGAGCCCGAGCGCGUCUGUGAGGGAACACAGGCUGCAUGCUAAUGCAGAGCAGAUGUGAGGAGACAUGAGAAGCAGAGAUGCUGUUGGAGCCUGUGAGUCACUCGCUCGCUCUGCUCGCUCUGCUCAUGUCUUCAGCUGGCAGCAUCCACACCUGGAACACCUGAGCGCAUGCACCUCUUGUUUGACUUGAACUGCGCUUCGCCCUCUUUUCCAGCUGGAGCGUUUGAAGUGUCGUGUCGUCACAGGGACUCUGUUGUUUCACUAAAUGAUGUCACGCUGAGUUCACUUGAUGGGCCCCUGAUGGACUGCGGAGUCAAAUGGUGUGGCCCCAAAGUGUUGUUUAUUUUACCUCAGAGCUGUGUAGAUCAUUUUCGAAGCAUUUCUUUUGUUUUUUUUUUUGGAAUAAAGAGCUGAAAUGAGUUUGGUUUUUACGAUCAUAUCACAAAGCGAAGAGAGCUGGAUGACAGCGUAGUGCAAGUUAGAGCACCACCCUGUGGCGGGUGCUGCAUGGGGCCCAAAACGUACCUUUUUCUGCACACUUACAGUAUGCAAAUGAUUGAUAAUCACUGUGCAAAAUACCUCAGAUUAAAGAGAUUAUAAAAUCUCAGUAUUAUAGAGUAUAUAUAAUGAAAUCCAUGCAGGACAUUUUCAGAUUACAGGGUUUUAAAAUGCCACAUCAGGAACAUAUCUGACCCCAGAAUUGAACCACUUGGACACGAUCAGACCAAGGAGAUCAGAUAUUUCUCUGAUUUGACUGAUUUCAUGUUUUGGAUGCCAGAAACUUCACAUUUCUCAUGCCAACUUGUUGUUUUUAUGCUUUAAUGUCACAGGUUUGGUUAUAAUCAAGACAUGGCAUAUUUGGACAUUUCAUCCAGCCCUAUAAAUACUUUAGAUAUCUUUUAAAAAUCUCCAUAUUCUCCUGGUUUUGGAUUUUACGUCCAUUUUUAACCAAACCCUGAAACUUUCUGCAACUUUAUCCUGACAGGGAAAGUUUGAACGCUCACAAAUGUUUACCCGAUGUGGUUCAAAGGCUCUUACUCUGACUGUUAUGUGAGACCGUACGGCGAUGUUGCAGGCUGCUUUCCUUGGAAGAGCGGUGGGCGACCAAACUCAAACAGUGGAAAGUUCUGGGUUUCUGUAGACUCAGGGAAAAUGUGGUUCACCAGAGCUCUGAGACAAUGUAGUCGUGUGUGUUUGAGGCCUGAUCCACGUGAUAAAGCAAGUUAAAGGAAGAAUACACAAGACGUUUUAGCCUCAUAGAUGAAUUCAACUUUGUGUUUUAUUGGGGAUUUUAUUUGGAAAAUUGCAGGAAACUCUGUAAUUGAAUGCAGAUUUAUUCUCAAACCAUCUUUAGUGUUUCUCAGAAAGCAACAAAACGUAACGAUGCAAAGAUCCCCGAGGAUCCAGUCUCUAAAAACUCAAAUGUAAACCUCUUUGAAGGUUAAAACAUGUUUUAGACAAAUGUUGAAAGUUUUCGUCAUGCGGCGGCUCGAGAUGAAAGUCAUCUGGCUGCACAUGUGCGUAAAGUUAGCUCGUGAGGGAACAGAAGUUGGCAAAUGAGAUCAAGGCGCAGACUCUCGGCGCGCAAUGAGAUGCCAGCAUAAACCAUCUACCUUCGAACCUUCUAUGAUGCCAAAACCUACAGGAGAAGCAGGUCUGGGUCUGCGUUUGCCUCAGAUAGCUUCAUGCCUCUGCUUGUGUGUGUGUGAUCUUGAACGUAACACCUCCCAGACGCUGACUUAGCUGUAAAACAUCUUCAAAGAUGCCACUUAGCGCCGCACAUCAAAGAGACAAACUCAGACUUAACGGUGAAUUCGGUUUGGUGGUGGAGUCAGAGUCAGAGCUGUCUCACCGUCUCUCCAAGCCAAAUCUACAGGAAAAACUCUUCCCCACUCCCCAUCAUGGUACUCUGAAUCUACACGCCAACAUGAGGUCACCCCGUCCUCCAAAUUACUUCCAGUUGUUGUUGCCACAUCACUGACAUCGCAACAAAUGGGCUGUUUUCUACCAAAGCAGAAACGUCCAAACAUGUGAAUUCAACCAGGUCCGCAGACGGCUUUGAUUAAAACCACAUGCCGCAUUUUUGAGCUAUGACUUGAUUACACGCCUCUUUUCUUCCACAGUUAAAGGGGUCGGCGCUCCACAUUGUACGUUUUCUUAGGUUACAAGGAGGUUUUUUUUUUUUUUAUCAGCGUGGCGUCUGACGUGAACCUGAGAGGCUUCAGUGGCACAGACGAUGGAGCUGAUUUCAGUUUCUAAAGCAGUGUGCGCCUCCAGGACUGCUCCAUGGGAACUACUUAUAAACCAAAUUAUUGCAGUCAGCAAAUGGAGGCUAGAGGAGAGGAGGGGAGGGGGGAUGAUUUCCAGAUGUUUAAAUAGAGGCCUUGGCUGAAUUUGGAUAUGACUGAAAAAAAAAAGAGUUUUAGCCUCAAAGAUACUUGGACGAGGAGGGCGCCACACGGCUGAUGUCAGAUAUUUGGUGUCACGUCUCGGCUGAUGGUUUACCUAAACGGUCUCAACACCUUCAGCAGGUUCAAGUUAAAGCAACUGUUUGUUCAGAAGCCUUUCAAUUAGAGCUCAGACUGACGGGUUUCCUGCUCCGUGAUUGUCACUUACCCUCCAAUCUGCUGCUCUCAGAUCCUCUCAGCCUGUCCAUGUGGGAGGAGGACAGGACAGGACGUAAACACGGAGCGGGACGGGUUCCCAUGUGCUUCCAUGUCCCAACCUCUGUAAGAGUUUGGCCUUUUCAAGUGGUGAUAAUAGUUGAAUUACCCAUGAUAACCUCAGUUUAUUUAUAACACGUGGACACAGAUAGGUAAUCUGUGUGAGGGAUUGGUAAUCUGCAGGGACAGAUUGGUAAACCGUGCAAACUGAGUGGUUGGAUUUGGCAUCAAUGCACAUGGAUUUUUCGUGUAUGCACAUAAAUUAGGAAUGCAUGCACACGUUAAAAUCAGUGUGCACAAACUUGGAAAUCUAAUUUUUCUUCUUGACACUUAAGAGAGGCUCUUCAGAAGUCAGUAUUUGCUUGAGAGUUUUACUUUUUUGCACUUUUCCAGAUUCUGCUUAAAAAUGUAGAAUAUGAACACAAGAGUCUUGAUUUUCAGCAGCAGAAGUGUUAUGAUUAUAUUAACUAUGGCUAAGAGAUAUGUUUGGGAAAAAAUGGGCACGCAAAAGGCAGGAAAUGUCAAGUUUUUAUCGCCUGUCCUUUCUAGUUUUACAUUUUUUCACCUUUUCAAACAAGGUUUGUAUCGAGAGAGAGCUUAGUUAUAUUUAUGACUGAGGCAAACAUUGUCUCUUUCAAUUAUGAAGACUAAUCCUGUCCACACACACACCAAUAAAAACACAACUGUCAUGUUAAUACUUCGGUUUCCAACCAGCUGCCAGUUUUCCUGUGUGAAGUGUUGAUACAGCUGGAUGUAGUUUUUCCAGGAGAUCUUGGAGGACUUUUGCCCUCUGGAGCUCAUCCUCUGCAGGUUGGCAGGUCCAGCUGUAAUGUAAGACUCGCUCUGAACAUACAUGCUCUCUCUCUCUCUCUCUCUCUCUCUCUCUCUCUCUCUCUCUCUCUCUCUGUGACUUCUUCAAAGGCCGGUCUAAUUGGUCUAAUUGGUUCAAUUUCUUCAAUUUCAGGAGGUCUCAUGUCCCAUCUGGUUGCCCCCUUUCUUUAAGGUGAAGAGCUUAGGAUGGGGUCAUGAUUCAGCAAAAUCAGAUUAAAGGAUUUUUGGUAAUAACACAGAGAAGAGUCUUCAUACAUAAAGCUUUAGAUAAUUAAAAUAUUUAAUCAGUUUUAGAUAAACUAACCCUUCAUGUUUUUACAAAGUUAGCGUUCUCUCACGGCGUCUCCAAAAUCUGAUCAUUUAGUUUGUCAAGUACUACACUUACUUGUUUAAACGCCACAAAAUGGUGCCUGUCAGCCAUAAUUGCAGGUUGCGGUUCAGCCUAAAUUCUAUGUUGUAGCGGGUUUGUGUAUAUUACCGCUGCUGAGGGUUAACAAGUGGAGCUACAUGGGUGUUGGUGGGUGACAAGGGUUAGAAAUGUGGCCUGAGUUAUGUUUAGGCUUUAACAGCUUGUUGGACAGCUGAUUGGUGAAACGCCUCAUAAAUACAUAUUUAUAUAUACGUGUGUGCGGUGAAAAGCCUUCAGGUCAGGAUCCAGGUGGUCUACCUGAGGGGGGCUGACACACUGAAGUCUGUGUUACCUUUAUUUUGUCUGCUUCCAUAUCAUCGGACAGAAAAAAGGGAAUAAUAUAUGAAUUAACCGCAGACCAGCAGCACUAAGUAAAAAAUCACUAAGUGAAAUCUUUAACAUACAACAAGAAGACUUCUGUUUGUGUUAGGGUUAUGAAGGUUGUGUUAUUUUUGCACAACAGCUGAUCAUACUGAUAUUUUUUUUAAGUUACGUGUUGCAGGUAUAAAAUAUUGCCAACCUGUUUUCUUAAUAUUUAAUUUAAUUAACAUUGUGACCGUAGUGAGAAGUUGGUGAAAGCUUGUCGUAAAGUGUUUUCGUGAGGUUUUUAUCAGAUGGAUAAACUUCAUGUUUAACUUCGACUGCAGUAACUUAACAUACUUGUACAAAUACUUUAGAUGUCUCAUUGUAACAAACCUGCAGAGAGCACACCAGAGACUUCAGGUGGAUGUCAAAACAAGUCAGAGCAGAGUUCACGAGGGUCACUGUCUUACUAACUCUGGAUUUCUUCAAACCAAUCCAAGCUAAACCAGUUGACAGAUUCACUAUCCUCAAUGUUUGGCAUGUUUGUUGCGGUGUAGUGGUGAUGGCAUUUGGUAACAAUGUGGAUGUCAAUCACAUGUCUUUAAAACUUUAUACCAAUGUUGUCUCUGCUGCUCUGAUGACCUUGUCACACCCCUGCUCCACAUGGCCCAGACCAAUCCAUGAGCAAAAAGCGAUCAACUGCAUGUGCAUGUAGUUAAAAUUAAGUAUAUAUUCAGGCUUAAUUGUUACUCGAUCUUAAUUGAAGCUGUAGAGUUUGAUGUCAAGACUUGUUCGUUAGUUUUUAAACCGUUUUCCUGAAAUCUGUUUGAUGGGCAGCUGUGGCUCUGAGGUAAACUGAAGAAACUCUCAGUUUGACAGUUAAUUUAAUCUCAGCUCUCAUAAUUUGUAUGUUGAAGCGUCUGGAUGCUCGUGAAUGAGAUUAAUUAACGCUGACAGGAACCCGACGAAGAGGCGACCUCCAGUCUUGAGAAAUGGAGUCGAUCCAGGAGUGCUAGACUAGAAACGUUCUGCUCAUAUACCGUUUACUCUGUAAAGUCAGAUUUCUAGAAAGAUCAAGGCUCAGAUGGAAAAACGUGAGGUUCAGCUACAUCAUGUUGGAUUUCCAGGAUGUACGCCUUGUUAUGUUAUUGGAGGAGCAGACACGGCACCUGUGGUUUGCAAUAUUUUUUUUCAUAGGAUUGUAGGGAAAGAUCUCGCCUCCUUCGCCUUUAAUUGGCGAGAAAAGCUGGAAAAGUCAUCACACGCUCAAGCCGAGUGCGGGCUGUCGGCUCUGUACAUCGAACAGAACAUUAUCGCACUUCUGAAUCUCCUAACCACCCCUCUCGAUCGGAAUACAGUUUCAUUCUGAUUGAGCCGAAUUGGAUCACAAUCUUCCAAUCGACAUGUUAACAUUACGCAUUUUUAUUCCGAUCAGACAUUUAUUCCGAUUAUUUGUGCCCAUGUAAAUGCAGCUAAUAAGAUGGCAGCAUGGUUUUCCACGUCAAAGGGGAGAAAAAGUAAAACCAAAUGAAUUCUGGGUAUAAAUAAGUCUCAAUGUGACAGAAGGCUGCAUUCUUUCAACACAAUGUGAGUCUGUCCUGCCCUUUACUCGCCGGCCGCAGCGUCCAGUCAGUGUUCCCGAACAAACACUUCUCACAGAGCCAGACCAGCGAGAUGUGGAAUUGUCUGCUUGUGAGCCGGUGACUCAUGGCGACAAUUUAACUUGAUGAUUUCACCGAAUGGUUGAGCUGCUGCAGAGUCAAAGAGAAGGAGUUUAUUUGAGGAUUAGUCGAAGCUUUCCUUAGACCUCACUUUUGCUUUAUAGAUAUUUACAGUGAACUUUGGAAAGUUAGAGACUUCUUUAAAGCAGAGGGACAACAAUGCUCCGAUGUUGGUACAGUAAUUUAUAGUCAGUGAGCUUUAAAUUGCAUCCACAUGCCAUCAAACCCGAGCUUUUGGGGGGUUUGUAAAUAAACUCUGGAAUAAGAUCCACAUGGAUUUCCCUAAAGAAACACUAUCCUGUAGAAUAAGCGUGUAAUUGCUGUAGUGUGUAGAUAUUUUGACUUCACUUUAUCAGCUGCAUCAGAUCAACAAACACAUCCAGUUUACAAAGCAGCGUCACACAUGAUGCCGGUCUUUAUUUACCAGGUUCAGUUAGAGCUCGGAGUCCAGAUUCCUCUUAAUUCUCUCGCCUCUUUUUGUUUUAAAGCCGUUCGCUGAAUAAGAGGGAUUAGCUUCAAACACGGAGGGAACUUGUUUCAUCUUAGUUUAAUAUGUACGACGAGAAGAGGGAUUGGAGGAGAAGAAAGGAGCUAAAUGAAGGGAUCAAGAGAGGAGGAAGAGGAGGAAGAGGAUAAAAAGAGGCGAGGAAGAAGUGGCGAUGAGGGACGCCGUGUGGAUUGUGUGGCAGACAUUUCUUUGUGGUCUUAUCUCAGCCCCUCGCAGACAGGUCAUAUUAAUUUAGAGUUUCCUCUGGAUAAGCCCGAGUCUUUCAUCUGGACGUUGUUAGGAUUUACAGUUGUGGUCAGUAAGCAGAGGUAUAAGACGUAAAUGACAGUUUGUCGUCACCGAACCUUGAGCCCCUGUUAUUGAAUACUUUGGUCCGGGUCUGAGUCAGGUCAUCAUAAUUGAUACAUGGAGGUCUGAGGUUUUAUGAGAAGACAGAUGAGAGACAGAAGGAGGACAAGAUUAAAGGACCACAGGCUGGAAUCAGACCUGAGUCACUGACAUGGAGGACCAGGUCUCUACUCUACAGGGGGAACUUGGACUGGGUGAUUUGGCAGAAAAGAUGACCACGUUAUAUUUUGUCUGAUCUUGAUCAGUAUCAAGAUUUUUUGUGUAUUUUUUUAAGCUGCCAGUUUUAAAGCAUCCGUGCUAAAAACUAAAGAAACUGGAUUUUAACAUUUUAUUAACAUACAAAGUAAAAAACAGAGCAAAUUAAAUAAGAUAAACUUAGAAAAAUGUAAAAACCAUUUUAACUCAACAAUACAACAUGUGUAGAUAAAUACUAACUGAAACAGUGAACUAGUUUACUGUGUUUAGAGUGUUUCUGGUGGUAUGCAGGACCCAAAAUAAACGAAUUGCCCCUCAGAGAUAAUGAAGACGCCUUAAAAUGUUAACAUUAGCUGAUGUAAACAUAGAUGAUAUGAUUGGUUGUUGCUUUCGUCUGGUGGCUGCACUGCUAGUUUUGGCUAAACUGCUAAAGCUGUGCAGACUCUGCUACUUCACUGGAGAAGAACUUCUUCAAAUGAUUGAACAGAUCUGUCGUGUUGCCAGUUUUUAAGGGCAUCGACCACCAACAUACCUUUCACAUUGACUGUGGAGAUAGCCGAACCACCGCCACACAACCGACGUUGAAUAACUUUUCUUCUCACGUCACGGCUGACAUCUAUUUUGCUGCCCUCAGCUCCACGUUGUUUACUCUUCCUGUUUACUUCUCUGGCAACUUUACAGAAGUGAGCAGGAAAAGCUCGACUCUGAUUGGCUGUUGUGACAAACAUUUCCGCCAUGUCUGAUUGAGUAAAUAUGCUCACAGCUGAUCACCGUGAUUGAACAGAAAUUUACCACAAUCAUUAAUCACGAUCAUAUAAUCGCCCAGUUCUAGGGGGAACUCCUCAUUUUAUGAACCUGGACUGACUGUGUGGGACCUUUUAGAUCCCUUAUGAACACAUUAUAUUGUUGAUUUAACAAUCCAGUUGGCUCUGUCAGCAUGUCUGGAUAUUUAGGUCAGAUAUCUCGAUACUGACUCACUAAAAUCUGCAGAUGUCUGUGCGCCCACUUUAGGCUGACUGCAGAAGUGUUGGGAACCACGUCGACUCUCCUCAGUGGUCGUUGUUUUGCAUUUUACACAUGCUGUGAGCUGCUGCUUGCAUUAAUUAUAAAAUCUUUGAAAGCAAAUCUCACGAUUUCGUUGGCGUCUCUUUGAGCGUCCUGGCAGGAAAUGUAGCCGAACAAGACGGCACAUGAGCAUGCAUACAAGUGAACAUAUGCUGCAUGAUCGGAGUGAGAAAAAUGAUCGAUAUAUGAGUCAGGCAGUGCUCGAAAUCUGGACUUGAGUCUGAAUUGUGGAGUUAAAUACUUAAAUACACCGUGUGCUCAGAGGUGGAGGAGAUCAGUUCUGCAUCCAGCAAAGAGAGCGUUAGUCUUUAAAAUGUCAAAGCGUGUCAAUUUUCCAAUAAGGUUGAACAACUUUCAGUAUCUCAAAAUUAGGUCAGCUGGUGGUUUGUGAGCUCUUCAGCCAUGAUCUUAUCCUCGUUUUUUUGUGCAGUUUGGGAGGAUGUUUCUGAGGCUCACACAGCUGCUGAUGACAUGUUGAAUAAAGAAUGUAACUGUUACUAACAGAGAGGAGGGCUUUCAGCAAACAAACUGCUGCAGAUCUGCCAAGAACUAAUCCUCCGCUGAUGGCGAUGCAAGAAUGCUCUCAGGGUGCUAGUAAAAUCCUGCAGAGUUGGUCGGAGCAGUUUGAGAUUUUCCUUCAGUGCAACAAAAUGUAGAAAUGCAUGAAGUCACUGUAAAGUUUUAAUUUGGGUCAAAGAAAAUAACUCGUGCAUUUCUCUCUGCAGACUGAAAAUCAGAUCAUGGAGUUAAAGUUGUUUCCACGUUGAAGAUAUUCGAGAUCAUGUGAAGCUAAUUUGCACAAAUCUGAUCCUGAUCUUGAUGAAGUUGUGGCAGCGACUGAAGGGAUAAAGGACAUCAUGUUCUGUUUGUUGUGGAAAUAAAUGAGUAAUUUUCUGCCUCUGGCAUCGCUGUAAUUCACCAUCAGCACCGCUGCAAAGACGGCAAAAAAUAAGUGUGAUUUAGUGAGAUGCAGACUUUAACUACUAUGUUAUUUCUUUAUUCUUCUAUGUGUAGCUGGUUAAAUGGUAAUUAUCGGUCAAAGAAUAUCUGACAAAGUUAUCUCAAACCUUUUUUCUGAGAGGGAAAAUAAGUUUCAAAAGUCGCUCUGAUAAUGUGAAAACAUCCAACCUCUGAAAAUAAAAUCUGGAGGUUUGGGAGAAGAUUUUGCUGACACAAGAAAAAUCUGGUUUUUAUUAUCUGUCCAUUUGGUCUCCAAGUGGUACUAAUCAGGCUUUGGUGCGUGUGCAGAGAGAGAAAGUGGAGAAAUGUGGAGAAAUAACCGAUCAGCUGAUAUCAAAUGAUGAAUAUCACACAAGUUUGUGUAUUUGAUAGCUUUUUUUCCUAUUUUGAUCUUUCUUAUACGCCAGUGCAAAGAGUGAUCAUAUUCUGAAUCCCCAAAAAGAGGACAAGACUACACGGGGGCGGAUCCAUGCGUAAUUAAUUUUGAGAGUUUUACGGGUCAGAUUGAAUGUUUUUUACACGCUUCUAACUAGAGGUGGGGGCUUGACGACUCGACUCGAGACUCGACUUGGACUUGAGUCCCGUUUUUGAUGAGACUUGCUUGAUGAAAUCAAGAAAUGACUUGGACUCGCUUGGAACUUGAUUGCUAAAGACUUGACUUGACUUGAGCCCAGUGACUUGAAAAGUCAAGUCAAGUCUUUUCAAGUCACUUAAUACCUUACAGCCCAAACUGUUUAAAAAGUGUCGCAUCAACUAAUAGGAAUUACGGGACUCGAAACAAAAAGUUCAGGACUUGGACUUGACUUGAGACUUGAGAGCAAAGGACUUAAGACUCGACUUGGACUUGCAACAUAGCGACUUUCCCCCACCUCUGCUUCUAACUCAGUAAUUCCACACGACUCAAACUCCAAACUUUCAUACAAACCCCCGAACACUUGAAGGAUUUUAUAAACUCCCGGGACAAAGCUGGACAGCCCACUAAAAAGAGGACAUGUCCGGGUAAAAGAGGACAUAUGGUCACCCUGCCUGUGCAACAAGUGCUGAUCAUGGGGAGUGGAUCUGUCUCUACUUCCUGUCUAUCAAUGCUGAUAUAAGCUGUGCAAUCAUACAGACAAAUAGACUUGCAGAUAAAGGUGUGGUGACUAAUAUCAUCACUCAGCAUUAAGUGUAUUAAAGUGUUUGUCAGUGAUCUCUGCAGGACAGAAAAUACCAAACACUGUCUCAGUCCACUUGUACAGACGCAGCCUUUCCUUGGGGCCGCUGUUUUUCAGGCCCUCUGUAACCCCUCUAAGAUAAAAAAGCAUCAUAACAGCUCUCCUCCCCGACCUCCUCACCUCCCUCUGUCCGUCUCCCGCGUUUAAAAAAUGCAGCCUGCCGUAAACUUCAAGGGCUCCAUUCAGCAAUAAAGAGAAAGUGAUAAAUUCUGUGCGUGUCCCCCGAGGCCGGAGCCCGAGUGAUGUCACCUCAGUGAGGGGCCUCACAGAGUCGACCCCCCUCUCCAGCCACAGCGGUGUUUAAAGUUACUGAUUAUGAAUGAGAGAUCUGCAGCGAAUGUUAUCCCGCCCUGUUUUAAACGGAGCUCAGCAGACCUCAACAGUCUCUGCAAGAGAAACAGUCGAUGUGUUAUCUAUCCAAGCAAAGUAAUAAUAGAUAUCUGCUGUAAGCUCGGGCGGCUUGAGGGAACAGUUGAUUUAGUUCACCUGGAAUAGAGUCAUGGUUUCCAUUUCAGAGAUGAUAGUGGACUUUCGCCAACUCAAGCGUAUCACUCAAUGUUUGGAGGAAAUUUUGGCCUAAACAUCUGCAGAGAAACUGUUUUCCUUGAGGAUUGGCGUCUGUUUCUCGAAGAGCCUCUCCAUAACAUCGGCUUUUCUGGGAUUUUCAGGAGUGUAGCACGUUUUCUGAGACGGCCUCUGUUUUUACAAACAUGGAAAAUAACUUUAACAAGAGUAUCCUGCAGCAAAAUCUUGUUUAAUGUGGUUUUUGUUCUCUGGUUUGGAAAAACUUUGAAUGCGCAUUCGAGUGAAAUUUAAGUAUUGUAAAACCAAGGCCUUACUUUCACAAUCAUAGUUUAAAAACGACAAGAAGUACUUUUCAGUUUUGGUCCAGAGAGCAGCUGUUAAACUGACUGAAGUGUAAUUCUUUAGGACUGAUGUGUCUGAUCAGAGUGUUUUCACUAAAAUUCCUGUUUUUGCCGAUAAUUGUCUCAGCCUGUUUCUCAAGAUUUUGACAAAAAAAGGAAAAAAAACUUUUAAAAAGUCCAUAAAAGCUGUUAUGUAACUUUUUUCAAAGCCUGAUAACACUUGGAAGACUUGUGUGUUAUUGAGCAAUACUUGACAGUUUGAAUCAGUUUUGGCGCCCCCUGUGGACAGAGUGGUGCCUCUUUGCUAACCCUAUCUUGUGCACGCAUAGGUACUUUUUUUCCCCUUUGAUAAAUCUCUCUUUUUCACCAGCUGUCAUCAUGUUUUAUUGAGAAUUUAUGGUUAAAAAAAGACAAUUUUUGCUGCAUCACACCUACCUAGCAGGGGUGUGUCCAAAGGGGCAGCCAGGGGUGGCACUGACCCCCUCCUUUUAAACCUGAUUGGCCACCCCAGGUGAAUUAGCAUCUUAUAAACAAGACAAGCUAAUCCUGGCCACCACAUGUUGUGUUUCUGUCUAAACUAAGAAAAUAAAUAUAUAAACAGGAGUACAUUAGAGACACAGAUAUCUGUAGUUUGGCCACCCCAGUCAAAAAAGUCUGGACACACCCCUGCUACCUAAUGACAGUUGAUAAUUGUAUUAAAAUGAACUUGAUAGACGUAAUCUAGAUGUUAGUGGUCCUGUUUGCUUUGGUAUGUCAUUUAGGAGCAUUAGCUCUCCAUUAAAUGACCCCCUGAAAACCGUGUGACAGGAGCUUUAAUCUAAAUCCAAAGAAAUCAAGACAGAGAAAAUUCUUUAACUCUCUCUUACAGUAGUUUGACAGCUGCUUCUGAUUUAUAACAAACAGUCAGUAAACAGAAACAGCUAAAAACAGGGCUGUGAACCCUGAAACGUAUCAAUGUUGAUGCCAGGUUAAAGUUCGGUCUUAGACUUUGCGUUUGCAUUUUGACCGACUUUGUGGUCGCAGAUGUUACAGGACAUUAUGGAGAGAGCAUCAACUUCUGCUCAUCAUCUUUUGUAAAUAUAAAUCAUCCUUUGACCCGGCACCAUGCAGUCCAGCUGAAAAUGUAAAUAUUUAUGAGGGACAUCCUUCGCCUGAGGUCCGCACGUAUGAUACGCUAUACUCCGGCGCUGUGGUCUCGCUGUUGCAUCGCUAAUUUUAGCUUUUGAUACAACAUAUUUGACAAGAGCAAAUAGGGUGAAAAUCAGAGAGAUGUGAAGGAGAAGUCCAGAAAAAGAGCAUUUUCUGUCUGAGGAGAAGGAGGUUAUUGGAGAGCUUUCUGGGGAUAUGAGAAAACACAAACUAAUGCAGGAGAAUCAGCAGGAUUCAAAAAUAGAGCCUCGGGCAGACAUUUGGUUUGAAGAGAGGAUGCAGCAUCAUUCAGCUGUUUCAGCUCUGAGGUCAGACAAAAUGUGGAGGCAAUAAGUCUCUCUUCCCUUCAGGGUUCCUCCACAACCAUUUAAAUAGGCCAUCUUUAAAAAAAUCCUUCCCAUCCUGAGGAAUAAUAACGCUCACUCAUGUGAAUCUAGUCAUUUAGCGUCUAUAUGCUGUAAUCACUGAACACUGUCAGGAGAUUGAGUCAAAUUUGAGGGAUUUCUGUGGGUUUAGCUGUAGAGUUUUUCCUUUCCGGUGUUUUUAAUGAGUUUGAUGUUGCUCACGUGUGGAGUGAUGAACUAAAACUCCAGGAAGAGUCAACACUAGAGAUGUUUUCCAGGAUACUGUGAUCAUGUAACCACCUAAAGCUAUUAAUCCUACGACAUAUAUAAAGUUAAAUACAGAGAGGAAAGACAGACGUGAUACUCCAGGGCUUUCACAGACAUGUACGUCUGAUCUAAGCAGCAGACAGCAUGCUCGGGGAUGACUUGUGCUGUGGGUUUACCAAAACCAUGGAAAACAUUUAUCCCAGCCGAGCACGGGAUCUCAAAGUUUCUGCUGAGUUUAUAAAAACCAAAUCUGUCUGAUGAAACUGGAGGAAAAAUGUGCUUUUCUAGCAGAUAAAGUAAAGUUAAGACGUGUGAAUAUGUCAUCAAAAAGAGAAUAAAGCUGCUCAGGAUGAUGUCCAGAUCUGCUGCAGCUUUUAUUAAAGCUGUGAAAUCCUCAUAGUCAGUGAGAUUUAUGCAUUUUUAAGAGGAUUUCACACAUUUUAAAAAUGUCUUUUUAACAUUUUAAGUUAUUUUCUAAUUUCUUGCAUGUUAAGUUAAUGUCUGUGUGAAGAAAAGAUACAUGUAAUUAUGUAAUUAUGUCAUAAGAAUAAUUUGAAGAUAAAGUUGUAGUUUUUGUGUAUGGUGGGCAGCCUGUACUAAAACAAGGAAUGUGGCACAUCUGGUUAGAUUUUAUUUUUAAGUUUUUGUGAAUAAAAAAAACCCUAAUUUUGCGGCAGGACUCCAAAAAGAUGACUCGAAAAGUUGUGGCUGAUAAUUGACCAACAAUACAACUUAAAGCUCCUGUCAGGAACUCUGGGUUUGCAUCAACUGUGGCACCCCCUGUGGACAAAACAGUCAUUGCUUCUCCUCUACAUGCUUGAGUGACAUCUGGCAACAAAUUCACAUCCUGCUGACUUCUGACUUUGAAACUUCUCAUUUCAUACAAAUUUAUCACAUCUAUCUCUGUCUGUAGCUGCCUGACUGACACCUACCCCUGCACUUAUUUUUCAAUAUUAUAAAAACUAAAUUUUUAUCAUUAAUUUUUUUUUUUUUUUUUUGCUUUUCUUUAUCAUAAAAAGGCAUCAACAUGAUUUCAAUCUGUUUCAUAAACUUGAAAAAAAAACUCCUGACAGGAGCUUUAAUUCUUGUAAAAUAACUAUUCUCGAAUCACAAUGACUUUGAUCUCAUAAUUUGUUGACUGUAAUCUUGUUUUAUAAUAAUUUUAUUCUUUUUAUUCUUUAUUCUUUUUUGGUCUGAAUAUUGAUAUGAAAUUUCUCUCAUGGUAGGUAAGCACUUCUGAACCUCUCACAGAUGUGCUCCUGUCACUCCAAAAUUCAGAUGAUAUAGAUUAAUCCAACUUUUUAUUCUCCAGUAUCUCGCUCCAUCUGUCCAUAUUGUCAUCACUUGUCCAGAUAGUAUAGGCGCUCAGUUUUUUAGCGUACAAAAGCUUUAAAAGUUCGACUUUGUUACACAGCGAGAUCGUAUCGAGCUGUUAAACACUUUCCACUCAGUUCCUCGGUGCACAGCCUCCACGGUUUAUUCUCCAACAUCUGGCUACAUGCUCAGUGGAUGUAAAACACCGGGACGCUUCGACCCCCCUGUGUAUGUGAACACUCUGCUCCGCUGAGCAGGAAUGUUUGACAUCACCUUUUCCUCUGCUGAAUAUCUGCUUUUAAAUGGACCGACGGAUGAUAUUAACACGUUUCCAAAUUUUAUGCAACUUAACCGACACGUCUCUGGAGACAAUUAUUAUCUGUUUUUAGGUUUCCACUGAGUUUAAAACAGUUUUAAUAGAAUAUAACAUGUUUUUUUAAAUAUUUUUGAUCACAUCCUCAGAUCUGGAUCAGCUCAUUGUUCAUCAUUUAGUCCAUGAAGUUAAUUUUAUAAAGUUCACAUUAAGCGGUCGUGUCAUUCACAUUAGUAAAAAGAGUCAGAGUCUUUGUUUGGUUUGAACGCUGUUCACUGGAUCUAUCUUUAGAGGAGAUUAAAAACACAUGUUGGACAUCAAACCAUCCAACUUUGUGUAAGAUCUGAUUUCAAAUCAAACAGUUCCACCUGGGAAAGUUCAACAGUUUUAGGGUGAUUUGUUCUCCACCUCGAUAAUGAAUAAAAGAUCUGCUUCUCACCGUUCAAGACUGAGUCAGUUAGCUGGAAACAAAAUACAACAUCUGUCUGGUAUGGACCACACCAUGGUUGUAAUAGUUGGGAGUUUGGAUGAAUUAAGUCAUUUUUGCAGAACUUUUUAUGCUAAUUGAUACUACUAAUUAAUGUCUUUCUUGUCUAGUUAGCUUGCAGCUAGCGCAUCACAAAAGAAGAAAACAACAUUUAAAAGUUAAAGCAUCAUGCCUUUACUUUUUAAUUAAAGCUGCAGUGAGGAACUUUUGGUUUGUGGCGAUAUUGGUGCCCCCUGUGGACAAAGUGAUACCUUUCAUCCAUCGUCCUGCUUAUGUCGAAGUAGGUUUUAGGUACCUGACCUCAUCCUGUCGUCUUUUAACAAUGACUUUAUCACUCAAAGUAACUGUUUGUUGCAUAAAAAGUGAGUAAAGCUAGUUCAGUCAGGAACACUUGGUCAAAAUUUAGCUUUAUUGUGCAAAGUUAAAUUUUGCGGCAUGUUUCUGUUCUGGGUCCCUUCCCUUCCACGCGCUUACGUGGAAGCCAGAGGCAGGAAGAGCCCCUUCUUGGUUCUGUCUGCGAGGUUCUGUCGAGGUUCUGUCCGGGGCCCCCCGUUCUCCACGCUAGCAUGCGUGAAAGGCCAGAGGCUGGAAGAGCACCUUCGCUUCCGUUUAUGAGGGUUAGAGCAGCGAUGAACAGAACCCCCAGAACAGGAGCGCUUUAAGGGUAGUGGAGCAGUUUAGCCGGCACGAAGGUGGAGCUGGAGUUAGCUGUCGAAGCAGAGAAAGAGGCUGGGUUGGUGCAGUUUUAAAUAGGGCGCUCUAAAGGCAGAGGACCAAUAGGAGCUAGGGGGAAAUCAGCUGGGCCGUUGUUUGGUUAAGGUGGCUACUAGCCAUUGGCUGCAGAUCAGCGCUUGACGUCGUGUCCUGUCAGAACUAAUGCUAUGCUUUAUUUCUGUCAAUCAUGUGGUCCGACAUCUCCUUGAGGUGAUUUUAAAUCACUAAAAAGCAAGUAUCUAUGCUAAUGGUGUUUAAGGGUUUAAAGACACAACUGUUUGUAUCCCAACCUUUAAAAAAACUCCCUACUGUGCCUUUAAAUGACUGAUUUGUGAUUGUCUUUCUUUGCUUUAUAGUUUAUGUUGCGCUUGAGGAUUUCUUCACAUGUUUUGGUCUCCUGUAGAUCUGCUGCUGUUACGUGGCACAAACUCCACUCUGAUGUGGAUUUGCUGAAAGGCAUCAGCUGCACAUCCAGACGAACGGUGCGGCUCGAUGGUUUAAGCAUGUGUUUACAUUCCACUGUUGUUAUGAUAAAAGUCCUGCGAAGUGUGUUAUUUACAGAGCGACGCAGCCUGCCAGACAUGUCUGCAACAUAUCUACAUAUCCUACAUAAUAAAAACAUAGAAAUUAAACAUCAAGAAGUUUCACGGUCACCGAGAAACUUCAAUAUUAUCAGAUGUGAAACCGCAGGGUUGAAACUAAGAGGAGAAACACACAUGUGUUGAAUCAGUGUGGAGCUUUUCUUCUCUGUGGUGUGGAAGGUUUGAGAUUCGAAGCACAUUUAUGCCCCUACAGAAGGCUUACCCUGUUUCUGAACUUUGACCCUGACUGUGCAGAGAGCCUCAGGCCAGGCCAAAGAGGGUUCGGUCGUAUAUUUGACUGUAAAGAUGAAGAUUGUCCUUCAUCUCGACAGCUCAUAAUUUCUAAAUCUGUGAUUACGCCAUAUCAAGCACGCCAUCUGUGAUCGGGUACACUUACUUUGUGAUGAGUCAACACGCACAUGCUAGGAAAAAGACAGAGUCUGGUAUUUGUUACAAGCACGGCUGAUUGUGCCCUCAUGUAUAACCCAGCUGUCAAAUUGUUUUCCUCUUUUCACUCCGUUCCAAUUCAAUCAUUUGUUCCUGUCCUCUGGUCUCACUGGAUCCUCUACAGAUGGAAGUCGGCGUGACUGAAUAUAUCUAGACGUUCAGACAGGAAAUAAAUGUACGAAACAGUUGCAGUUUGGUCAGGGUUUACACAUGAAACUUUAGGGUGAUGUUUUUGAAUGGGGUUGAAAAAAGUUUGUAAGCAUGUAGUCAUGGUUAAAGUUUCGUGAGUGGGAUUUUAACAGACUCUCCAUGACCUGCAAAAGCAAACAAGAUCACCAGCAACAAGGCUGAUGAAAAUCUAUACUGUCAUUUGUAGAUAUUUUUGCACCAAAACCAACGAAAACCAACAGAUCCCACAGCAGCUUCAUGCCUUGUUCCCGCCUACUUAUGUAGAUCCGUAAAUACAUAGAUGAUGCCAUAGUUUUCAGACAUUUAGGAACCAUAUACAAAUUCAGGGCUCAACAGUGCGACCGUUUCACUUAAUUUUGUGACUAAAAAUAGAUGUGUGUGAAUUGUAAAAUGUAUUUAGAGGCACAUGUGCACAUAAAAAAAAAAAAUCUGUCGAGGCAACAAAUGUUUUUUCAUGUAAAUACCGCAGUGAAGUUAGUUUUAGGUUGGAUAUUCGAUGGUCAUGCACCGCAGAGCUACAGGUGUCUUCUCACUCACUUGACCUAAAAUUGAUUCCAAAUUGAGUAAUAAGGUUGGACAAUAAGAGACUCCUCUUUAUUUCGUUGUUGUACGAAUUUGGCGGGAGAGUCGCAGAGAGUCGCUGUGAUGACGCUCGGCUCAAAUAGCGUAUCCCCCAGUUGAGCUACGCAAUCCCUGAAUGCCAAUAGGCUAUAUCAAGUGUCAAUCAUAGAAAACAUGAACCCCCUAAUAAGUUUUAAAAAUGGAGCUGUACAGAAAAAAAAGGACUAGAGCACAAACCAGUCUGACAAUAACUACAUGUCAACAUCUCAAGCAGACCGGAGAAAACUUUAUAUACUGUGUGGAUUUAUGACCUAUACUGCAGCCUGUCACCAGAGGGUGCUGUUCUCACGGUGGCUUCACCCAGCGAGGAGGCAGACGGCGUCCGUUCUAUAUACAGUCUGUGACCAAAACCAAUGAAAACCAACAGAUCCCACAGCAGCUUCAUGCCUCGUUCCCACUUAUGUUUGUAGAUCCGUAAAUACGUAGAUGAUGCCAUAAUUUUCAGACAUUAAGGAACUGUAUACAAACUACCUGUGAUCAAAGAGGAGAAGCUAAUUUCACCUGAUAAAUGAUCAAUCUGUCUUUGAACAAAGGUGAUCUGAAUAUAAACAAUGGUUUAGGUUAUUUUCGUAGUUUUUAUACGACAGAUCUGACUUCAUGACUCAACCCAAACUUUCGAUGUCACAGUCAAACUCCUGUCUUAAAUGCACCAUGUUUUUGUUUUUUUCUUUGACACCACCUACCACACCUAAAAUGACUUCACUGCUUUUAAACUUUUGGCUUUUUCCUUCUUACCACAGGAUGACUUAAGGUCUCCACUUGAAGUAGGAGUAAGGAUGUUACCGGAGACUUUAAACGGUGUCUCACAGCUGAUCUGUUUAGACUGGAUUCUCUAAAAUACAAAUUUAGAUUAACCUUAGUCACAAUGCACCGUAACUGACGAAAAAGAUGCACAGCAGCAAAAGCUUACCAUCUACCAAAAGUCAUAUACUUGGAAAUAAAAGCAUGAUUUUCUAAUGCAGGAAACGAAAGACAAAGAAAGUAUGAAAGUCAUGGUUUCGUGAGGCGAUGUCUUCUGAACAGAGAGGAGUCAGUCAGCCGAGCAGAAAAAAGGAUGAGGAGGGGGAUGUGCAGUCGAGCGGGUCUACGGUGGGAUGGGAACAGCUCAUAACUGCGGCUGCCUCUUUAAAAGGAAGACCCGCUGAAGACGGGGGCCUGUUGAUGGAAAAGCCCAGACAUGUAAUCAGCAAGCUACUUAUUUCAACUUUCCUGGCCGGAGCUUUCCUCCCCUCCCUCGAGAUACUGAGCUUUGUUUGUAGAAGCCGAGGUGAAGAGCGUGUUCGAACUAGAGCUGUAUUUCAGAUUUUAAGCCCCUAUGAGCAUAAAACAGCAAAUCCUCUCAGCUUUAGGAAGCCGAUCAGCGAGGAGACUUCUGAUCCUGACUUUUUGAAAAUACAGAAAUGUUUGGAGGUAUUUUAAAGCAGAAAGUCAAACUGUUGACAUGUUUUUGACCUCAGUGUGGGACGUCUGCUUUUAAGGACAGCUUCAUCAGGUUGAAGCUAAAGGUCUUUUACAGGGGAGAGAUUUAUGUCCGGCCGUGACACCGAGGGGUUCAGAGCAGGAAAGCACAGCUGCAGCAGAGCCCCCCCUCAGCAGCUGUAACUCAUCUGCAUCUGGACAAGGAAUCAGGCUGCAGUGCGUCCUCUCGGUAUUAACCGUGUCACGUAGGGCGAGUUGCUCUCGCUGCUAUGUAGAAGUAGAUCAGAACAAGAAUGGAAACAAACGUCACCGAUGGAUUCAUGAAAUCCUCGUCCGCUCUGCACUAUCUUUUUAAAAAGCGGAGCCAUCAUCAGUUUGAGUCCUGCAGUUGGACUCUUUUCUGAAGGAAAUGAGAGUUCCAGUUCUGAGUGACUCAUUGUUUCCAUAAGGUCAUUUUCUAACCCCUCGACUUGUGGCUGCUCUAGAUUCUCUCCAGCGCAGUUUGUUAUGAGUAUUUCCAUAUUAGCUGGGGAAAACCCAUAAACCUUCUAUGCUUCUCUGUCCUCCUGUUGGUCACAUCUUUGGCAUUGCAGAGGAAGGUUUAUCAGGUUCAGACUGACGGCUGUUUAUAAAUAAGUAAAACAGACCAACCAUCAUGUUUUGUUGUGGACUUUUAUAAGUGUUAAAUCAGUGAGGGAAACAGGUCUGUAUUUGCCAAGGCAAUGUGCCUCCUUUCAGCUACUAUUUAGUACCAAAAAAUCAACCAAACAUGAGAGCAAAAGGCAAACAGGAUGUAUGUCAUGUCUUCUUUCGCUAGGGUGACCAUACAUCCUCUUUUUCCCGGACAUGUCCUCUUUUUGGGGGGCUGUCCGGCCCGUCCGACGAAGUUCAUAAAAUCCUUCCAGUGCCCUGGGUUUUGUUUGGAAGUUUUGAGUUUGUGUCGCGUAAAAAACACUCGACCCGACCUGAAAAACUUUGUGACUCCACCCCCUCGUAGUUGUGUCCUUUUUGGGGGGAUUCAGAAUACGGUCACUCUACUUUCACGUUCUCUCUUCGUCCGUCCCUGAGAUUUUGUUUAGUAUCUGGUGUCCUAGCAGCGUGGUUAGGUUUUUCAACUUCCUGGCCAAAGCCGGGUGUGCAAACUCUUUAUCAUGCGCAGAUUGCUUUUGCCACUUUUGGUGAGACAGUCUGACAGUGAGAAGUUUGAUUCAGAGUAGUUACAGUCAGACUAAGGUGUUAACACGUACUUUACAAGUCCGGUUUUGGUCGGACGAAGGCCAUAGCUGUUUUUUUCAAACAUCUAAACGUAUUGACUAAUGAGGCGCCCACACCAAACGUGAAUAAAUUCAUCUACUCGCUUUAGUCGCACGUCAACAGUAAUUUCAACAGUAAUCUCUGCCAAUUCAACCGGCGGGAUCAAGUGAUAGACAACCUUUUUUUACAAAUUACCAGAUAAUCCGACCUCCUCACUCACUUGCCUCCAGGCGAGCUCCUUUUUAUUACGGUUUUGGUAAUUGAUAAUCACACACCAACACGAUCAGUUUGUCCUCCAUUUUAGAUACCAGUGAAGAACUGUCCAUUUUCAUACGUCACCCGGCAAACUUAAUGCUGAUUGGUUAUUGCGAUGCAAAUAUCCGCCCAAUAUACAUCAUUCACGCCACCAGAGAAAUAGGAUUGUCUAAUCGCGUCUUUACAUUAACUUAACAUGUAAUUCAGACGCACAAAUGUUUUUCCUCGCACUUGGUGUGUGGAGACAGUAAGAGUGGCGUCACACUUCCUCACACACUCAGAUGGUCAUGUACGGAGCACAUGAGUCUUGUCGGCUUUGAUGCUAUCGCUUUAGCUAAAUAACUUUACCUCUCCCCUUGAGCCAUUGUUCAUUUUACACCCCAAACAAGCCGUAAAAGAGGCGUAAAAGUCCUGCCUUAAGCAAGCAAUGUAAAAGGGGCUUCUGUGAUCAGCAAACACACGACUUGCUCCUAUUUGCUAAGCAGUAAUUGUUGUAAAUUAAAGGUAUUCAGCAGCAAUUAGCAGAACAAAUGGUGUAGAAAUGCAAAAUAUGAUUCAAGAGUUUGUUAAAGUUGUUUUAUAAUCACCUUAAUAUUUAUAAAAGUCAUUUUACUGAGAAGAGUGGUCAUGUUUUUACAGCCUUAGUAAGAGUAGGGUUUGUUGAUGCCGCUAGUAUUCCCCCCCUGCUGGUCGUUUUUAAGAAUGCAUCUUUAACACUCUCUCUUUGUUGACGUCUUUUGCAGUUUUUCUUGUGGUUUAGAUGUGAAACGUGACAUAAAAGAGAAGCGGUUAGUUCUGUUAGUUAUCUGUCUGCCGUCUGGUGAGCUGUACUCAGUGAAAGGUAAAGAUCAGACGCAUGAGUCAUGUUAAAAAGCUCCAGACUCCAUGUUGUUUUUUUUAACCAGGAGAGGAAACUGUCUGCCCUCUGAGCUGACUCGUGGAAAAUCCAGAUCAAGUAUUCACCAUCAGAAAGAAGCGUGCCUUCUCGCCGUUGUCACGGUUAAACGGUGCUUUUACGGCGUCUGUGGAAAAGUGUGGGCCCUGCAAUGAAUUAGCUGAGAGGAGGGGAAAAAGUGAACCUCCCUCUUUCUACUCCUCCUCACGACUUGUGGUGGGAUGUUUAAGACCGCUUUAAAAAAACCGCACUUCUCUUCCAGUAAAUUUCAAACUCCCAACAUGAAAUCUCUGAAAACCAAAUGGCCACACAUCCUCGGUUUGAUUUACUCUCAGCAAACGAAAGCACUGCAGCCGAACUCCUGUACAGAUAAAUUCUGAGUGGAGAGCGUGUGGUAUGUUUCAGUCAGAUAAAACCGAGCGGAGACAUCCACGUCCAAAAAUAUGUGUAUGUUUCUAAAGGAACACUGUGUUCUUUUAAAACAGGAAAAAAAAAAGGUUUGCUUUCCAAAAAUUAAGAUUAAUGGCCAAAGCAACUCCAAGUGUCUCACCACAAAUGAGGACAGAUGUGAUCUGGUGAUCCAUGGUGGGCUGUAUUUCUCUUUUUUUUUAAGACCACAACUGAGACAGUUGGAUGUUUCUGGCUGUUAAGAGACAGGAAGUCUCGAGUCGUGUUUUUAACGCCGUCAGAUACUUGCAGAAAGCCUGAGAACGAAAUCUUUGAGUUUAACUCGCCGGUUAGAGAGUCGGGGAGCUGUGCGUCAAAACAUACGCAGUUUAUCAAAUCUAAAUCUUGUUGCAAAUUAAAGGGUCUUUGGAAACUUGUAAGGGUGAAUUGUUCAUGUUCAUAUGGAAAAUGUUAAUGUAGAAGAGACCUGGAGCUAAUAACAGGAGAAGAGGGCAUUAAAGAUGAACACAGAUGCUAAAUCAAGCUUGUAAGAGAAGAAAUUCAGAGUUUUAGACACUCUUUAAAAGCCUUUUUACCAAAAAGACGGCGCUCUGCUGUGCAUUGCAUGUAUGAAACAGACCAGUCUUGCAGCUCUACUGUUAAACAACUCCUUCCUCAUUAAAUGUGGAUUAAACAAUCUCCCAGUUUAGAGAUAGUGGCCAGUAGAAGGGACUGGUUUGAGUCUUACUGGAUUGAUCGGGUGAAGGAGGUCUUCAUGACUUUUAAAUGAGCUCCACAAACGUACCACCAUCUAUAAAGAAAAGGCUGAAAGCAAAGUUCUAUCUAUACAUACGAAGGAUGCAUCUGAGCUUGUUUACAACUUUCUUUGUUGUUGUUUUUCCUUAAAUGAGUAAAAGAGUGGUAGGAAUAAAAAAGAGAUCAUAAGCUUUUGUGGACCUGUGCCAGAGUCUGAGUUAUAUCCUUAAUUUAAAGAUCCCUGUGCUUUUGAGAUGAUGAAGGAAAGUCUGAUUACACGGUAUGUUGAACAGCUUCCAAGAUGAGUUUCCUUUAGUUCCAGGUAUUUAGAAAGUCCCAGUGAUGGAUAUACAUAUAUAUCAUUCACAUUUCAUGCAUUAACUGUUUUUGGUUGUAUCCUGAGAUAUUGUCUCAAAUUCAGAGACUGUGAGCUGGACUUUAACAUUAUUUUUCAUCAUUAGCCACCUAUUAAAGUAAAUGUUUGACUCAACAUAAAACUGUUUUUGGCUGACGACAAAAACUGAUUAAAAACAGGUUGAAGCCUUUAAUACUAAACUUUAACUGAUGAGUAGUUGCUGCAGUUUUGACACUAGUACACUUGAAGCUCUCUCUUGGAAACCUGCCUGCCCUGAGCGCCUUGUUGCAACUUUAUAUGAGAUCCCACUCUGAAAAUCCUGCAUGCUAUUAUUUGCUGGUGUUUUCUCUCCCUGUGUGCAAAAGUUGGUUGCAGAACUUUCCCACACAGUAAAAUGCACACAGAUGGUCGGGUUUGUGCAGAUGCAGAGAGAUCAGCCUCUUAUUUCAUGUUGUACUUGAACACAGUGCUGCCUAAAAGUAAACUCUGACAUGUCAAAUCUACAGUAUAUGAAGUCUAUAUCUAUGCUACACGAAGUGAACCCUGUUAUUGCAAAAAGUUGAAUUCUCCAUUUUCACAGACCGGUGAUGUUGAUUCUGAUUGUGAUCGAUGUUUAAACACGCCUGAGCUUGUUUUUAGUUUCAUUUGACAGCGAAUCCUGAACUUUAAUAUCUAAAGUGACAACUUAUAUAAACAAAACCAGUACAAUAGAGACUGAGCCCCAUUUUAACAUGAAGUCAUGUUUCAUUACUCCUUAGUUUUAGGAGACUGUUGCAGCUAUUUGAUACGUAAAGUCCCUGUAGUUUAGAGAAGGUGCUCUCAAACAUGAGGGAAGGAGUUGGUCCUUCAUGACAGUCAGACUAACCUGGUUUACCUGCAGUCUGAAGCUCAGAGCUGCCACCUGCUGUUUGUAUGAGGAACAGGUGAGGCUUCACAGUCCAGGGUUCGGAUUACAGAAGCCUCACUCUCUGUUUUUGUUAAACCCAAACUCAACCCACAAUGAGGAGUCCGGGGGGCCCUCCCCUCCCUCUGCGACAGUAACUCCUUUUUUCCGUGAUUAUUUGUAUGCACAUAUCUGUCAGUAAUUGUACGCUCUCUGGACUCAGUUGUUGGUGGAGUACAGUUCUUGGAUGUGAGUCAAGUUUUCUGAGACGCUGCCUCUUUCCCUCUGGAGGAAAUGAUCUCAUGUCUAACGGCUGGAGACCUCGGCACAGAGGCAUGUUUUCCAGACCUUUUCUACCUGAGCGUGUGCAGAAAACCUUGUUUGAAAUGAAGCAUAUACAGAGAGGGAAAGCUGAAUGAGCCUUUAUUAUAGUUAAAUGAAGUGUCUCCUGUAGUAAGAGCAAAAUUAGACCUGAAAUAAUAGCUCAAAUUAAUCAUGGAUUCUUGGCAAUUAUACAACCUUUCAGUGUUACCGAACAGAGCUGUAAAUCUGCAACUUCUCCCCCCGGAGGCAGCUGCUUUGAGAGGCAAUAAAUAAAUAGAAGGCAGUGGUUAAGGUGGUUAAGUGUUUAGUUGUGUUGAGAUUUAAUAAUGAAUGUUUGUGCUGAAGGCAGCCUCGGCCUCUGUGAUCCUAAAAAGGAAAACAUGGAUCUAUAAUCGAUUAUUUAUUCUCUGUUAAAGCUAAUUUCUUCUUUGUUAUCUUGACUCUUGAACCCUGUCCCGUCUUGCCUGUGGUUUCAGUAAACUUAGCACAACAUUAAGAGUAAAUAUGAGGGGCUAAAAUGUUUCUCUUUGUCUUCUGUGUGUUUCAGGAGAUGAUCAAGGCUGCACGGCUGACGGCCAAACCUACACCAACAAGGACAUCUGGAAGCCGGAGCCAUGCCGGAUCUGUGUGUGCGACAACGGCAACGUCCUCUGUGACGAGAUCCAGUGUGAUGAGCUGACUCACUGUGAGAAAGUGGUGGUCCCCGAUGGAGAGUGCUGCCCCGUGUGUCAGAGUGACUCACCCAGCACCGGAGGCCAGGGCGCUUUUGGUGAGUGAGCGGUUCCAGGAGGAGAAAUCUGAUCUGUCAAUAAUGAUGAACAAAUGAAGCCAUCGUGGAGAUGUUAGAUGUCAACAGACUGUCAGGAGGAGAGCUGGAUAUGUAAAUGGAUUAAACUGAUUAUUUUGAUUGUUAACCUUUAUAAUGAGGGCAAAUCUAUGUAGAGAAGUGCUUCUCCGUUCUUAUAUUUAUAGACGAUAGAAAAGAGGAAAAAAGGGGUUUCCUUACAAAGAACGAUAAAGAUAACACAAGAAGAACUUUAACUAUCCACCAAGGGAAAAUCGAUUUUAGAUAUUAAUUAAUAAUUCGAUAUUAGAUAUUCAAUGUGACAAAUGAUUUUAUACAAUAUGGUAUCAUACAAUGGGACACAAUACAGAAGGACAAUUCAAGAUGAUAAGAUGUGACAUAACUUAAAAACAGAACUAUGAUACAAGAUGACAUGAUUUAAUACAUUAAUAUAAUAUAAUACAAAACUAUCUGAUACAAUAUGAAAUUAUACGAUAUAAUCCAAUAUCAUUUGAUACGAUAAAAUAAGAGACAAUUAAAUAUAAUAAGAUAAGAUACAAUAUAAAACAAAGUGAUGCAGUAUGAUAUGAUGUAAUGCAAUAUGUUAUAACACAAAAUGAAACUAUGUAAUACGACAAGAUAUGAUACGAAAAGUAACCGUGAUAUGACACAAUGUGAUCAGAUAUGAAACAAUAUAAUACAGAAUGAUAUGAUACUUUGUAUGAUGCAAUAUGAUAUAUUCAAAUGCUGUAAGAUACUAAAUAAAUUGAUAUAAAAAUAUGUCACACAGUACAAUGUGAUGCAAUACCAAAUGAUACGUUAUGCUACAUUUCUAUUUGAAACUUUGUGACACAAUAUGAAACUAGCGAAACGCAACUAUGUGAUACGAUAUGAUUCAAUGCAAUAUGACACCAUACAAUAUGAUACAAUUGUAUUAAAAGUUAAGAAUAUGAUAUGAUAUGGUACGGUAUAGUUUGAUAUGAUAUGAUACUAAAAGUUUAUGCUAUUGUGCGGUAAGAUGUGAUGCAACACUAAAUGAAACAAUACAGUUAAAUGCAAUAUGAUAGCAUACAACAAGCUGACCAUAUGGCCGAUUUAAUGGGUUACAGUACGAUAUAAUAUGAUAGGACUGAAUUUGAUACAAUACAAAAUGAGACAGUGUUAUACAACACUGACAUAAUGAAAUACAACACUAUAUCGUUUUUACUUAAAUCUGCUGAGGUUGCACAGCUAGAAGUCAUGAUGGUUGAGUCAAAUUGCUUAGAAAAUCUUUAAAGAUUGUUAAAAUGUGGAUAAUAGUACCAGUCAAGAUGAAGAUAUAGUCCUGCAUCAAUGUUUUUCCAACCCUAGUCCUGUUUUUGUGACUCCAACAAAACUAGUUUGAGAAAAAAAACAGAACAAGAACUUUAAAAAACUAUUUUAGCAGAAAUUUUAAUUCACUUUUGCCUCUAAGGCUUUCACACUGUGUAGUUUUUGGUGAGAUGAACAAAUGAUGUGAUCAUAUUUGCUUUUUUCUUUUACACAGGUGGCGGUGGUGGCAGGGUCUUCAGGGUAGGCUUAAGAUUGACUAUUAUUACUGUAAUAUUUCAUGUUUUCUGGUAUUUUCAUCUGUAUUGAAUUUGAGUUUGAAAGAUUUUCUUUGUUCAUUCAGGGUCAGAAAGGAGAACCCGGGGAUGUACCACUUGUGAGUGUUGACUGUAUCAACCUUUGAACCCUUAAAUAUCAUCAGAGAAGAUGAUAAAUAGAGAAGUUAACUAUGUGUUUGAUGCUUUUCUCGUAGGUGACUGGAAUUAGAGGGCGUCCUGGACCCAUGGUGAGCAGCCAAACUUUUUCUUACAGCGACUAUUUCCUGAAAAUGACAGGUUGUAUAUUCCUGUAGUUUUUCUUGGGCUUCUUGAACUGACACUAGAUGGCAUUACAGGACAGUUCAUUCCUCAAACUUCAUCUCAAGAGCACUCCUGCUGAACUCACUCGUCCUCAGAGUCGCUGUGACAUUUCAGGCUCUAUUGACAUAUCCUUACAAGUGUCACUUCGUGGUGAUUCGAUAUAAUCACCUCCUGAUUCUUUAUUCGCUCUGUCUCAACAGGGACCUCCCGGCUCUCCAGGAGACAGAGGAGCUCGUGGAAACAAAGGACGGCCUGUAAGUCACAUCCAAGAAUCUCCACAGACAGAAUAAAGUACCUGAAGUCGGAUUAAAUAAGAAUCAAACAGUUAAAGCUGUGAUGUGAUCGAGCAAAUCUCUUAAUUUCACUUGAUGUGAUCCCAUUAUAGCCAGACACAAACUCUGUAUUAUCUUAUAUUUUGGUAAUAUUUUGUGUUAAUGCCACGGCACUAAAGUUACAGUGAUUCAGUGAAUGAAUUCAGAUAUUUACCUUCUUUCAAGAACCGCAGACUGAGGAUAAUAGAUAAUGUGCAAGUUUGAACACUCCAGGGUCUGUAGGCAAUUUGUGAAUUAUAUAGGACAAAGGUAUUUAAGGAGUAACUCACAGUACCAAGAAGGCAACAACUUAGCCUUCAGCAAGUUCAUGACGUGAAAACAUUAAAUUUCUGUGACCCCGAAACUCUGCUUAUUGACCUUCUAGAGAAAAAACAACAAAAAAAGCUCUGAAAUUAUUUGCAACUUUGACUUUUAUACCAGAAUAUUGAGAUUAAAGUCAGAAUUUAAAAAUUAAAGUUAUAAUUCUGACUUUCUUGGAAUUCUGGGAUAAAAAUCAGAAUUCAAACUUCUUUUCUCAUAUUUAUACUUCAACUAAGGGGCUGAAUGUUUAAUGAGGUGCUAUUCAGUUUAUAUAUUGGAGUCAAUAUACUUUUUACAUUUUGAACCUGUGUUUCUGUUCAUCUGUGUUGAAAUAAAAAGUUUUAUAAAAUCACUUCAAGACUACUAAACUCACUCUUCUCUCUCGCUUUGCUCUCCAGGGACUGCGGGGAACUCCAGGUUAUGAUGGAGAGCCUGGAGUUCCAGGUCAGCCUGGUGAACCAGGACCACCAGGACAUCCUUCCCAUCCAGAGGUGAGUGUGGCAUGUUUUGUUUUUUUACAUGCACACUUUCAGACACACAUUAGAUCGCCUACAUGCCUGAGCUGAACCAAAAUGAGUAAACUGUGUUUUUUUUUAACCUGCAGGGUCUGGGAAAUGUGAUGGCUGGGAUGUCUGAUGGAAAACAAGGACCUCAGGGCAUGCUGACUGGCUCAAGGGUGAGAGGACGAUUACAAAAUAUGAACCCAAACCUGAAGUAGAUUAUUGUGAUUUUAGUGUCUGUCAAUUAAACCUUUCCACAUGCAUAUGUUCAAAACCAAAGAGAGAGUGCACCCUCCCCUUUGUUUAAUGGGCCAACAUGAGAAGGGAAGGCGGGGAGAGCAGCAGCAAAGACCCUAUUUUGUUCUGUGUUUUUGAUCUUUAAACAACAGCUGAUUUAUUCAUCAUGGAGCCUUUUUGCAUAUGCACACAUUUCCUUCGCUAUUGUUAUAUGUCUCUCCAGGACUUGAUUUGUAUUCUUGUUAAAGUUGAGCUAAAUAAAAACACGUGUUAACUGGAGCACGUUAAUGAGCUCUCGCCUCUGUGUUUACAGGGUUCAUCCAGUUUCUCCGCUCACACUUAACUGCCAAAUUAAUCUCUCACUCCAUUUUGUUUUCUCUAACCCUGGAGGGCAGGCUUCAUUAUCUCUGGCCUUUCAUGAGGAUGAGUCUAAAUUCUGAUAAUUUGAUUUUGCAUCAUGUUUGUUUCAGGGGGAGUCUGGAGCGAGAGGACCUCCUGGGCCUUCUGGUUCACCUGUGAGUCUGCAGCAAAUUCAGAAAAAUACUCCAUAAGUCUUUUAUUCAGUUUGCUUUGAGCUCUUUUCAACUUCUAAAUGUCACUCUUUCUUGUUUAAGGGUCAAGCUGGACCACAAGGACCACCUGGAGAUGUUGGUGAUCCAGGACAGAUGGUAAAGCACCCUGUUUUUUUAACUGUAUAGCAAAAACAUACCAAGUGGUGUACAUAAACAUUCACGUUUAUAUUUUUCUGUGACUUUGAUGGAUUUUGUUUGUUUGUUUUUCAGGGUCCUUCCGGGCAGAGAGGACCAGAGGGACCUGCAGGGAAACCAGGUGAAGAUGUAAGUAAGCGGUGGAAACUGCAAACUGCACGAUUCACGUGUAAAAGUUAGAGUAAAAAGAUGACAAACCACCAUCUAUUCUUCACACCAACAAAAAAGAAAUAAAACUGUUGAUGUAAGGGCCUGUCUACACUAACAAUGUGAUCUGGACUUGCAGCAGCUUCUCGCUGGUGCAUCCCUGCUUGGUAACAGGUCUGAUCGUGGCGCUUCAGGACAAACUUACAGUCCUCCUAAAUAGUGACUAAUUAAUCUAUCCUAAAAUUUUCUGAACACUUCAUAUCUGCUUUCAUUUAAAGACUUUUUAAAAUAUAAAAAAUUGAAACCUUGUUGAGCAUUGGCUGCACCUUUUUACCUGAAAAAUCUACCUCUAAAGAACGCAUGGUCAGUUUCUCCUCUGUAUGAACCUCAGCUACUGUUGUUUGGCAAAGUUGACAUCAGAAGUCCCGCCCCUUCUUGAUUCUGAUUGGCUGGUGAUAAAGAAGCAUCAUGGAAGACCACAACAGUUUUUAAUUUGGCUCAGUGGUUCUCAACUGGUGGGUCCUGACCCAAAAGUGGGUUGCGGACACGUUCUGAAUGGGUCACAAACAGCUGGUCAAAAAAAGAAAUAUUGAUGUUUGACUUGUCUUUUAUUUUGAAAAUUAGCUUAUUUUGAAAGGCAUGCAUUAUGUCGUGGUCCUCCUCGGUUUCUUAGUAAUGUGGCCUGAAUGCAGAGAUGCAUAUGAGUAAAAUUUUCAUUUUGCUGGUCCCCAUUUUUGUGAUAUUUGAUAUUUUCUGUAUAUGCAACUUCAGUAGUUGUCGUCUCAGUUCAUGUUCUCAGAAAUGCACUUUACUUGACAAAAUGGGUUUGUUUAUGUUAAAGAUUUGAGUCUUCAAAGGGUUUUUAUAUAAAAAGACAAAUUUGUUUGGUUAGAAUUUUAUAAAAGUGGGUCGCGACUUAAGGAUAAUGGGAAAAUGUGGGUCCCAGAGUGAGAACCACUGAUUCAGCUCAUACCAAAGAACCUUUUUUGCACUGAGAACACUGUAAAUGCUAAAUUACAUUUGAAUUGAAUAAGAAGCAACCAGCUUAAAAAAACAGUUAGUGGACACAGGCCCUAAAUUUGCUUGUAUAGAUCUGUAUUAACUAUAGCCAGAGGAUCCAGACAGUGACAGAGUGAUUCAGGGUGUCAUUUUCGCUGCUACCGUUUAUUCAUGUGAGAUAAAAAUAUCAUGUUUCUGCACAGGGGGAGUCAGGAAAAUCAGGAAAUGCUGGAGAAGUUGGAUUCCCUGGAUCAGCGGUAAGCUCAUCUCACACAAUUACAAACCAGAGGGUCUGAUCGUGAGUGUUCAUGAGGACUAAGUUUACUGUCACAUGUUUCAGGGAUCCAGAGGGUUUCCAGGUACACCAGGGCCUCCUGGAUUGAAGGGUCACCGGGUGAGUGUAUUGAUAUUUUAUUAGCCGCUGCACAAGUUUCAUUAAAACCCUUUGCAUAGAAGUGUGUGACCUGAAUUUGAUGUGUUUCUUGAGUUCUGAAAGCAGCCAUAUAAAUGUCUUUUUUUCUGUACCUUGAUUUCAGGGUCAUGGGGGACCUAUUGGACAAAAAGGUGAAACUGGAGCUGUUGGGUCCAAGGUAUGAAAAUAUGAAACAAACCUCUUUUUCAUCACCAUAACUCACUCAGCCAUUUUUUAUCGCUAACAUUUUUAAGACUUCAUACUUUUCCAAAGAGUGUCUAAAUGUGCCUGUUUUGUCGUUUUCCAGGGUGCUACAGGACCAUCUGGUCCAAUGGGAGCUCCUGGACCAAUGGUAAGUCAUAUUCUCAACCAACAUUUUCAUGAUCUUAAAUCUGUUUCUGCUUUUUCUGAUGGUGAUGUGCACUCUUGACUGAAGCUAAACUGUAUCGUACUUGUAAUUAAACUUUUUUAACUCUUAACUUUUGCGUCUAACAGGGUCCUGCUGGUAUGACGGGAGAGAGAGGACGCACUGGACCCGGUGGUAUAGCUGUAAGGAUAAAACCUCUCUGUAGCAAAAACAUCUUUCCUCAUGUCCCAAAUUAUAAAGGUUUGAAUUCAAGUUUAAGUUUCAUGUAAAAGUGAUUCUCUUUGUGUUGUAGGGAAAGCGUGGUCCACCUGGUAAUCUGGGAAAACCUGGUCCAAUGGUAAGUCCUUUAAAUGGUUGAAUUGUAAUGCAAUCUCUGAGUACAAAGGAAGUUAAAAAGGUCCGCUGAUUUCUUCUUCUUCAUCUUCUUCUAAUAAAAAACUUGACCUGAGCUUUAGAGGAGGAACCUUUUGUGGUUCCAGUUUUUACCUGCAAUGACUGAGAAAAGCAGGAUACACUGUUGAAGGAACAUUAGUUGAUAACUUUAUGUGCAUGGGACGUAAAUAAAUGCAAUCAAUUGAUUAAUCAGCCAGUUAUUCCUGUCUUCUACUGAGACUUGUUUUUUAUCUACACCAGUAUCUGCAUGUUCCUAAACUUUGAAGACAAGUCUUGAAGUGGAAACGUCUUAUUCUUAUUUUGGUUUGUCCUGUGAUUGCACAUGUUUAGUGCCCAUUUCUAAUGUUUAAUUUGUCUUUUUGUUAAUUUAACAGGGUCCUUUGGGUCUUAGUGGACCUCCAGGUUAUCCUGGAACCCCAGGAAUGAAGGUACGUGGAGUGAAACACCACACAAGAUUGAUAUAAACUAUUUUAUAAAGAUCCAAAAACUCCUCUCUGGAGCUGUAGCCCUUUAAUGCCUGACACCACAAAUUAUGGCCAGAAAAUUCACAUUUAUUUGGAGCUGAAAUGUUUAUUUCACUUACUCAAAAUAAUAAUAAGAACUUAAUUAAUUGCCGAAGGGAAAUUAGCAAUACUACUGAAAAUACUACUGAAAUAUUAGAUAAAAAAUACUACUAAAAUAAAAAAAAAUAAAAAAAAGAUUUAAAAAAAUGAAUUAAUUAAAUAAAAAUUAAAAAGUAAAUAAAUAAUAAAAAAUACUACUGAAAUAUUUAGCAAUAAUACUGAAAACAAAAAAAAAAAAUCAAAAUGUACUUAAAAUUUAACAUCCAUAUUUAUUGAUCUCGUUUGAUCCAUUAGAUGUUUUUGGAAACUAAUAAACUACAAGAGGACAUUUUUAUCAUUUAUUGGACUGUAUUCAGGAUUUUUUUUUAGUUAUUUGUUGAUCAUAUUGAUUUGAUUGAAGGAUAUAAUUGUCUGUAUUAAAUAUGAUACAUAAGGCAUUAAAGAGUUAAAACCUUUAUGAAGUCCUGAUGUUCAGUAACAGUCCACGGAGUAAUUAAAAAGAAAAACUAUGAUCAGUUGAAUCACAUAAUCUUACUUGUUGUUCUCCACAGGGACAACCAGGCCCCACAGGAGUCCGUGGUCCAGAAGGCCCUCAGGGACCAAGAGGAGAGACCGGGCAUGGUGGCAGAGCUGGACCAGUUGGCCUCACGGUUAAUAUCUUUCUCAUUAUCAUCACUAACACCUCAUUUUGAUCGGCUUUAUCAGCGCUACAUUGAUCACUACUCCUUCACUGAACAUAUCAAGAAUCUAACUAUGGAGGUGUGAUGUUCACAGGGACCCAUGGGCACAGAUGGUGGUCCAGGUGCCAAAGGACCAGUGGUAUGUUCUCAGUGUUUUACCAGAACUACAUCAAGUCCUCAUGAUAAGACUGAAGGCCACAUUUAACACAGAUGAUCUUUUACAGGGUAAUCUUGGUCCACAAGGUCCAGGCGGCCAUCUUGGACCUGCUGGCCCACCAGGACCUCAAGGAAGCACUGGUCAUCCUGGAAUCAAAGGACAACUGGUACAGCGCUGCUUCUAUUAGAGAAUUAUCUACAUUUUUGUACUUGAUAUAAAUGAGACUGAUGGUUUUCAUGAUUUCCAGGGAGAUGUUGGUGUUCCCGGAUUUAAAGGAGAAGCCGGACCCAAAGGAGAACCUGUGAGCGUUCAACACAUCUAAACAAAAAUACACAAUCUGCUUUAUAAGAUGUUUUUAAUGUAACUUAAAGUGAUGAAGCUUGUUGUCAAAGCUUGUCUGUUGUCAUUGUAGGGUCCUCCAGGAUCCCAGGGAGUGAUCGGACCUCAGGGUGAAGAAGGAAAGCGAGGUACACGCGGUGACUCCGGCUCUGUUGGUCCUCAUGGUCCAGUUGGAGAAAGAGUGAGUCAGCGUUUUGGCAUAUUGUGUGUUUGCACUCUAAAGACAGGAGAAGUUUGAGACAAAGGGAGGAGAAACAAUAACAUAUGAGUGGAAAAAUAUUUAAAAGAUUUGAGCACUUUUUGGUGAAAUUGUUAAUGUUCCCAUUUAGGCAGUAAAAGGUCAUGGGUUUGAAUCCUGGCCUGUCUGCAUGGAGUCUCUGUGUUCAUUAUAUCUUUGUAGCUUUUGGACUCCUGCCACAGUCUGAAAAUGAGAUGAAGUGAAGAAAGUAAAUGGUCUGUAGACUGCAGGGACCCUAAACAGUGUAAUGUGUCAAUGAUAGAUGGGAGAUGGGAGGCCUCAAAGUCCACCACCACCUCUCUGACAGGAGGGGUGGGCAAGGGAGUGUUUGGAUCUGGAUUCUGACGUCAAGAUAUCACUUAAUUUAUUCAUACUGGAUCUUUAAAAGGACCGGUUUGAUAGUGCGUCUGAAGAACCAUGACCCAGAACAGAAACAAGAGUAGCACCAUAAAGUAGCAUAGGUGCAAGCAAGACUUCUUUCAACGCUCUUUACAAUGAAAUAAAAAGGUACGAUAUCGGCCAAAAAGAGGUUAAAAUGUUGAUCAUGAUCUAGUAUCUAACUGAGGAUCUGCUUUCCAGGGAGCUCCUGGUAACAGAGGAUUCCCCGGUGCUGAUGGUUUGCCAGGACCUAAGGUACGAGUCUCAGAAGUUGAACCACUUCUUCGUAUUUUCACACAAAUUUUAUUAUUUUUUUCAAACUAAAGGGAUAAACAUGUUUCUACUUCAACUAAGAGCCAGAUUUGAUAAGAGGUUGUGCCAUAUCUGCCUUUUUCUACUAAAGGGUGCUCAAGGAGAUCGUGGAAUAUCCGGACCACCAGGGCCCAAAGGUUCACUUGGAGACCCCGGUCGUACUGGAGAGCCUGGUCUACCAGGUGCAAGGGUAACACUGAUCAUCUUUCCUGUUUCUUUUCAUCUUUUAAUCCAGUUUUAACCUCAAUUACUGGAUUAUUCUUGAUCUUAAUGUCCUUUUUUGUGAUUUUCAUUUGUAUCACAGGGUCUGACCGGCACCCCUGGAGUCCAGGGAGCAGAGGGAAAGCCAGGACCUCUGGUAGGUCACUGCAGUCAAUCAUAUUCAAAGUAAUUCAUCAAACUAAAGAGAUGACUGAGUUUAAGUGUGGUGUCCUUCGUUCAGGGUGCCCCAGGUGAAGAUGGUCGUCCAGGACCUGCAGGCUCUAUCGGUAACAGAGGACCAGCAGGAACCAUGGGAGUGCCAGGACCCAAAGGUUUCAGUGUAAGUCUGGGGGGACACUCGAAGCUGUGCAUAGAUAAUCCGUUUAAUCCGUCAGGUUUUCUCUGUUUCUUAUUCUAAAAAAAUCUUUCCUCUUCAGGGCGACCCAGGAAAGACCGGGGAGCAAGGAUCUGCAGGAGUACCAGGCCAGAGAGUGAGCUCUGUUCUCAGUGUUUAACUCAUUAUAUUCCCAUCAGCAUGGAGGAAGAACAUACAAAUGAUCAAUCAAGACUACAGAUCAUGUUAACAUAAUCAAUAUUUGUCUCCAGGGUCCUCCUGGAAAAGACGGAGAAGUUGGCCCCGCUGGUCCUCCAGGUCCAGCUGUAAGUCCCUCAUUUCUCUCUUGUUACAUUGACGAUAUUUCCUUAAUUAAGCGUUCAUAAAUAAUGAGACAUUACAUCUUCAUUCAAAGGGCGUCGCAGGAGACAGAGGAGAGCAGGGACCUCCAGGUGUAAACGGAUUCCAGGUGCAUUUGUGUUUUAAUUCGUUGUUAGGACUUGAAGAUGUUGCAGAAAAUCACAAAAUAUAAACAUUUCCUGUCAAACUGUAGACAUGAGUCGAGAGGAAAAGUCACACUGAGACCUAAAGAAAGACUCUGAUGGUUGGUUGUUCUUUGUUUUAGGGCCUGCCUGGAAAUCAAGGACCUCCUGGAGAGCCUGGAAAACCAGGUGACCUGGUAAGUGCACUCAUGCAUCUCAGUUCCUCUUUUAUAAACAAUCUUUAAAUGAUAUGAAGUGACGGAUUAUAAACUUUUAAAUCUUCUCUUUUCAGGGUAUUCCUGGAGAACUUGGCUCUGUGGGCGCAAUCGGACCGAGGGUCGGUAUCUAUGAACCUGCUACAUUAUUUAGCAUCACUUAAAAACCUUUAUCCCGGUGACAUCUAACUGGUUUUCUAUCACAGGGAGAGCGUGGGAUCCCAGGAGAGAGAGGAGAGCUGGGUUCACCAGGUCUGCAGGGGUCUAAGGGGAUCCCUGGUGCACCUGGUCCAGAUGGUCCAAAGGUAAAAAAACAGAGACAGAGCUGAUCAAAAAACUGAAACAGACCUUCAACAUAGUAUUUAGGUUCUUGUGAUAAAUUUGGGUGCAUGAUGGUAGAUAUCUAAAAGCAUUUUGUACAUCAAAUUUGCAGCUCCAGGUCUUAAACAUCAAUCUGGUAGAAGGGCAAAAAAAAGCACGAGGAUCUCAGAAAACCAGAAAGCAGAAUCUUCUGUAAAGUAAAUUAGGGCUGUGCGGUAAAUUGCAAAUUCAGUUGACAUCACAGUACAGAGUACAGAGAUUUUGCCAUAAACACACCAUAAAAAUCUUGAUUUAUCACAAUAAAUAACUUAUUUAACAUUGUUUUUAUUUAUUCAUCUAUAAGAAAGAUAUCAAAUAAGUAAUUUACCAAUAAAAAACCUGAAAAUCAGCAGACAGAUGAGAGAAUCUGUGAGUUAUUUGAGCUAAUAAAUAUAUUUUCAUUUUUAUUGUUAUUGCACAUCCCUUUUUGUGCAGGCCUGGGGUUACAUUAGCUGAAAUAAUAUGACAAAAAUAAGAGAUAAUUUGAAAAUAGACACAGAGCAACAAAUUAUAGACAGGCAGGAGGUUUUUUUUGUGUGUGUGUAUCUGUAAAACACACCAUAAUAACAUGAUUGAAUUUCCUUUAUUUCAAUUUGACAAUAAAUAUCCAAGAAAGAAAGCAUUUUGCAAAAAUAUUAUCCUUGAAUAUUGUGCAGCCAAACUUUUAAUAGGAUUGGUAAAUUGUUUUUUCUUGUCAUUUUAUCCCUCUGGUUGAAAUCAUUUCUUUCCACUCUGGGUUUGUUUAUCUUUAACAAGAUUGUGCUGCACCUGAAUUAAAAUUUGAUACCAUUUGCACGGUCAUAAUUUUGGGAAAAAGCAAUAUUUCAUCGUCUAAUGGAUGCAGGUUUCCAAUUUGUGCCUUUAAAGGUGUCUGGUUUCAUUAAUGCAGGAACACAAAUAAGUCUACUAACCCUGCCAUCAUGGAUAUGACGACAGGAGGGGAUGCACCAGUUUACCCCAGAUUAUUAGGCUGCCAUAAGACAAAGAAAGUAGGUUUAGACGUCCUUUAAUGGAGGUUAAGUAACAUGCAACGUCUCUUUUGUCGCUGAAGGGUAGUCCUGGUCCUCCUGGCGCACUGGGUGACGUUGGUCCUCCUGGUCUUCAGGGAAUGCCAGGAGAGAGAGGCAUCUCUGGUCCUUCUGGGCCUAAAGGUGACAGAGUAAGUGCAUCAUCAUCAUCAUCAUCAACAUCAUCAUCAUCAUCAUCUUUCUGUUUAAUGCAGCCAAGACGAAUUGAGUAAUCUAGAUGUUCUCGUUACGUAACAAACAAGUCUGAGUCUGAAUGAAGUGUCAGAGUUUGUCUGCCAAUAACAGUAAACGUCUUUGUAACAGGGAGCAGUUGGCGAGAAAGGAUCAGAGGGCACGGCAGGAAACGACGGUGCAAGAGUAAGAAAACUGUUUCUACACACCGAAAACUAAAAAAAAGGAGGAAGAUGUGAAAUGGAGACGAGUCGGGGCUCGUUCAGUCAGAAGUCUCAAACCUGUUUUUUUUUUUUGCAUCAACAGGGAGCCCCAGGUCCUGUUGGCCCACUUGGAUCUGCUGGACCCAGCGGAGAGAAGGUAGAGUGUUUUUCUGUUAACACUUAUUUAAAUUUAACUUUAUUUUUGUGGCACUUUAUAGACAAAAAAACACAGUUCAAAGUUCCUCACAGAGGCUAAAAACAACAAUUAACAACAAUAAAACUCGACCCACACAUACACAAGCACACAAUGUGAGAAUUUAAGAUAUAUUGUUAAAGAGACAAUUACAUGAGGAACAGAGCUAACUUUGGGAAACACUGGCGAUAAAAGAUAAAAAUGGUAAAAAAAAAAAAAAAAAGUAAAACCUGAUGGACUAAAACAAGAAAAUAAUCUUAAAUGAACAGAUAAGUUUGUAAAAGUAUGUAUGUGUCCAUGUAAAAGGGGUAAAAGAAGUAUAAACCUCUAAGACGGGAAUUAAGAAAAAGACUUAGAACAGAGAAAAUUAAUAAAAUGACAAAAUAAACAUGAAGAACUUCGAUUAAAAUGAACAUCUGCAAUAAGAGAAAAAUAAAAAGACAAUUAGUGGCAAUUUAUUAGAAGACUGUGUUUCACAUCUCAAAGAUUUAAUGAGGAGAUAAAUGAAAGUCUCAGUUCCCAUGAUGCCUUGCUGUGCUGUUAAUCCCCCUCCGUCUCAUGUUCUUGGCUGCGUUUGAUGGCAUGUUGCAGCUCGUGAAGGACAGUCAUGGAUGACUUCAUGUGAGAGCGUAGGUUUGAUGAAGGAUUAUUGAAGCUGCUUUGAAAUUCACUUCUAACGUCUUUCGCAGGGAGAACCGGGACCUAAAGGACCGUCUGGACCACCAGGAUCCAGAGGAGGGCCGGUGAGUGAACCUGUUCACUAAAGUCAUAUACAUCCUUCACUUACAACAAGUUUUUAUGCUGUAAAUGUGCUCUAAUAUUAUAAUUCAUCUCCAUUUACAGGGCGCGAGAGGUGACCCUGGUCCCAUUGGUGCUGUUGGAUUUGCUGGACCUCUUGUGAGUGUGCAGUCCCGGUCCAGGAUUUUACAAUUCUGAUGCUGUUUCAGAAAGAAAAGAUGGCUUCAACCACUUUUGAUGUUACCUUAAUAGUAUCAACAACAUUUUUCAGGGCCCUGAUGGCCAACCUGGAGUGAAGGGAGAGCCUGGAGAGCCAGGUCAGAAAGGAGACGCUGGAUCACCAGGACCUCAGGGCUUGGCUGGAGCUCACGGACCUCAUGUAAGUUAUAAAGCAGCAUUAACUUUCUUGAAAGUGAAGUAAAAAAAAAAAGGGAAUAGAGAAUUUAUAAUGCACUGCUGGUUAAUGCUUUCCUAAUGAAGUGAUGUCAUUCCAGGGACCUGCUGGUGUUGCUGGACUGAAAGGCGGAAGAGGAACUCAGGGAGCACCGGUACGGUUUCACUUUCAGAAAAAAAAAAUGUCGAAAGCAAUGUCUGGUUAAAAAAAACUGAAAACUUGUAAAACAUGACAUGACACGAGGGUCCUGUUUUACUCUCUGUUCUCAGGGUCCCACUGGUUUCCCUGGAUCUGCAGGAAGAGUCGGCCCACCCGGCCCAACUGUAAGUACAACCCUGAGUUUAGUUUAUCAACCCUGCACAGCUCUAUUCAUGUGUCAUAAUCAAAUCCUCUUCUACCAGGGUCCAGUUGGAGAACCUGGACCACUUGGACCACCUGGAAAAGAGGGUCCUGGUGGUCUUCGUGGAGAUCAUGGAGCUCCAGGAAGACAAGGAGAGCGAGGACCAGCGGGUCCACCUGGCAGCCCAGGAGACAAAGGAGACUCUGGAGAGGACGGACCCACGGUAAACGGAUUUGACCACUUGAUUCCUGGCCCCUUAUUGUCUUUAAUUCCAAAGUAAAAUCAAUUUAGGGUCACACACACCGUAACACCGAGUUAGACACUCCGUCGAGGUUUUUUUUGUGGCUCCUCAGACUGCUGUGUAUUGCUAUCCUACGGUUGUUACUAAAGUUGGUAUAACUAGAGAAGCAAGCAGUCGGCAACAUUCAACUAACUUGAUUUUAAGCUGUAAUAUCCCUUUAAUAGACAGGACAGCUGAGGAGAGACCAGGGAUGUGGGGGUGGGGGGGCGUGCAGCCAAGUGUUGUGGCUGAGAGUCAAUCAAUUAAACUUUUAUUUCCUUGUUUUGAAACGGGUCUCAGUCCGGUUUUUAAUAUAUUUGCUCCAUCUUCUGUCAGACACAUUCUGAUUCAGAGACACUGGCCCCUCUCUGGGCCUGUUUAACCAUCAUGUUCUUGGUUUUUAGGGUCCUGAUGGUCCUCCAGGCCCAGCUGGAACAACAGGACAGAGAGGUAUCGUGGGUCUGCCUGGUCAGAGAGGAGAACGUGGCAUGCCAGGUCUUCCAGGACCAGCGGUCUGUAUCCUGCUGCACAUUGACUCUUCUGUGAUGAUUGUUUUGAACCUGCAGUAUGUGGGGAGGGUCUUUUUAAUCACCUGUUCUCCAUUUUCAGGGUCCACCAGGGAAACAGGGGUCCACAGGAGGUUCUGGAGACAAAGGCCCUCCUGGCCCCGUUGGUUCUCCUGGACUGAACGGACCUCGUGGUGAUCCUGGCCCUGAUGUAAACACACUUUUCCUCUUUCCUUUUGGUUCUCUCUUCACUUUACUUGAAUCCUCCUCUGAAUCUUCCUGAUGUUUCCUGUCUGGUCCUCAGGGUCCUGCUGGAUCUGAUGGCCCUCCAGGCAAAGAUGGCGUUCUUGGACAAAGGGUAAGAGAGGUUAAGAGAUCCAGGAUGUGGAUUUUGUGUUUAUUCUUCUUUUUUUAAGACUCUGACUGGUAUUUCUUUUUAGGGAGACCGAGGAGAUUCUGGUCCAGAGGGUAUGAUUGGUCCUCAGGGACUUCCAGGCCCUCCAGGUCCUGUUGGAGCACCGGGUGAUGCUGGAAGGAGAGGAGAAGCUGUAAGUCGUGUUUUCUUUCUGCCUCUGUUUCUGCUCUAUAUGCGAGUCUAUCUGUCACCCCAGGAGCAGGACUGGAAUAACAGACUCACAGACAUACUUCCCAUGCAUGGUUGGAGUCCUGGGAGCAUGCUGGGACCUGAAUGAAGUUAUAUGAGGUGCUAACAGUGAUGUGUGCUUGGCCAUAAGGAGUUGGAGGGUUUUUCAGCACUAGUGAAGGUCUGUUUUUCCCAUAAGGGCGCUCUAAUGAUCGGACUCAUUUGCAGGGUUCAAGAGGACCGGUGGGUCCACCAGGGUCUGCUGGAAAGAGAGGACUAGUGGUGAGUCUUAGAGCCUCAUUUGAUGAGACAUUUAGGUGAAUAUUAUGAGUCAGAUCAAUGAUCAUGACUUGGAUUGAAUCUUGUUUUUUUAUUCAGGGACCUCAAGGACCAAGAGGAGAUAAGGGUGACCUUGGUGAUCAUGGAGAGCGAGGGCAGAAGGGACAUCGAGGAUUCACCGGUUUGCAGGGUCUUCCUGGACCUCCAGUAAGUCCUGAUGAUGCUUACUAUAAUGCAACCCAGGAUUUCCCCCGCAUCCGUUUGAGGCGGAUUUCAUGGCGGAUUACGGACAGCAGGAAUCGCAGGAACUCACAAGAACCCGUGGAUUCACGUGAAAUCGCGCGAUGACAAGUUGUCUUUAGCCACAUACUGUAGGGGAACCAUAUAAGCAGUAGAUUGUGUCCUUGACUUCUAAAAUCAGGAUCUCUUCAUCUAUGGUGUCAUUGAGGUGGAACAGGGAGUGUUUUAUUUUGAAAAGAAGCCGGAUGUUUUAUUUUGUUAUCAGCUGCAGAGUCCGCCGAUCUGCAGCAGAACAGAAAGAAGCCGGUGGAAAUUGACACAUUAACUUGAAUGGUUAUGAUCAGCUACAAUCGGGGGAUACAGCCUUUUCUUAGCCGUUCUGGAUGCGAUGGAAAUUGGGGUUAAGUUUUCUGUGAUGACUAGAAGACCCUUUACUAAAACCAGACCAGAUCUGACAGAAUUUGCCAGAUGAUGCCAACCGUCAAGGACCACCUGUCAUCCAAUCACAGCCCCCCUCAGGUUAAGAACAACAGAGGUCACAAUUAAAGAUCACAAGACUCCUCAGAAAGGGUUCCUAGGAUUUGAGUCCAGAGAAAAAGAUUUAAUCUGAAAACAUCCACAGAUUACGUCAAAAUCUACAAAAGCUCAAGUUGUUUGUGAUCCACCUAAACAUGUCAGAGCAGGGUUUGGAUCCACCUGUUUUCUCUCAGUGUCACUUGGUGCCACAAAGAGCCGAGACAUUUGAUCAUCUUUAAAAUACGUCAGACUCAGACGUGUGGUGAUUUUUUUCUAAGUCUUAAUUCUCCUACCUGUGAUUUAUCCAACUUUAUGGAGUCCAUGAGCUGAGGGGGUUACAAGGGGUCCCAAAUUAAGAGUGUAGUAACUUAUUUCCACUAUGAAGGUAUGAACUUUUAGUAACACAAUUACAAAAUGAGAAACUUUUAGUCAUUCUUUCAUCUGUUUUUUUCAAUCAGAAUGUCUAAAACUCCUCUUAGAUGGAGGUGUGUCUUAUAAACUGAUAUGAUAAUGCAGUUAUUAUAAAAUUUUGUACCUUGUUUGGUGUUCCUGCAAGAAAAAGUGACUUAUGUAACGGCUAAAAAUAUAAACUAACAUCCAGAUUGAUCUUUUCCUCUUCUUAGGGCACAACAGGAGAGCAGGGAUCUUCAGGAAUCAUCGGACCAGGCGGGCCGAGGGUAAAUACUUAGUUUCAUAUCUCAUGUACUCCUGAAAAUGAAAAUGAGAGUUCUGAUCAUAUAUAUGACCUGACUGUAUUUCAGGGACCUCCAGGACCUAUUGGACCUCCUGGUAAAGAAGGGUAUAUUGGAUCGCCUGGACCGAUGGGACCUCCGGGAACUCGUGGAAUCAGCGGAGAGAUCGGACCAGAGGUAGAGUCUCAGUCUGCAGAAGGAAGUUCCUCCUAAAACGCUGGAGAUGAACUAAUAAAACGACAAAUUCAAUUUAAGAAACAGUCAGAGAGCUUUUAAAGGAUCAGACCGUCAUUAAAUCAUUGAACAUUUAUUAAACAGAUGUUUGAGUUUAAGACGCAAAAUUAAAAACUAUCUGAGGAGUAAUUGUUUAAUAUCAUUCUGCUUUCAAGGGCCCCCCUGGAGAGCCUGGACCCCCUGGUCUCCCUGGUCCCCCAGGACCCCCAAUGGCCGCUGUGGACGACUUGUUCGGUGGCCCCCAUGAUUACGACAUGGGCCCUCCUCCUCCUCCUGAGUUCAGCGAGGAUGAAGCUCUGCCCAACAGCAACUCCACCACCAUCCUGGCCGUGGACCCCGGCGUGCACGCCACCCUGAAGGCCCUCAGCAGCCAGAUCAACAGCAUGAAGAGCCCCGACGGCAGCAAGAAACACCCUGCAAGGACCUGCGACGACCUGAAGAGGUGCUACCCCAUGAAGAAGAGCGGUGAGUUUUUCUCCUGUUCAUCUUUCCAGCGCUUUAAAAUCUGGAAAUAUUGUCAGAUUCAUGUUCUGAACUGAGGACUCAACUGAACUGUUUGCAGUAGAACUGAUUUAUUUCACUGAUGCAGCCCCAGCAGCUGCAGAACCAAUCCGACUCCAAUUUCCGCGUACAUCAUGUUGAUCGUGUUGUUCUGCAGGUGAAUACUGGGUGGAUCCAAACCAAGGCAGCGUGGAGGACGCCAUCAAAGUGCAUUGCAACAUGGACACCGGAGAGACCUGCAUCGCCGCCAACCCCGCCAGCAUACCUCGUAAAGUGUGGUGGAGCUCUUCCAGGAACAAACCUGUGUGGUUCGGAGCCGACAUCAACCGAGGAACACAUGUGAGCGCCAACACUCUGUUGACGGGGGGAAGGGGAGGGAAGUGGGGCUGUGAAAAAAAACCUGUCCGAGUGAUUUAAUAGAAGAAGAAGAAACAGAGGGAGGGUAUGUGUUCAGAAAGCAUGCAGGAUAAGUAGAAACAUGAUUCUAUGAUGAUUUCUCCGAUUGUUUCUCCAGUUCGCCUAUGGUAACAAAGAUCAGUCGGCCAACUCAGUCACGGUUCAGAUGACUUUCAUCCGCCUGCUCUCCAAAGAGGCCUCCCAGACCAUCACCUACCACUGCAAGAACUCCGUGGGCUACAAGGACGAGAAGACAGGGAACCUGAAGAAAGCCGUGCUCCUCAAGGGCGCCAACGACCUGGAGCUCAAAGCGGAGGGAAACAACCGCUUCAGAUACACGGUGCUGGAGGACUCCUGCUCAGUAAGUCAUCGCGUCAAUAAUCUCUUGAAAUGACAGAAACGAAAAAAUCCUUCCUUCUCCUCAACCUCUCCUCUCAAAGUUGGCAGAAAACCUUUAGUAGCAAUAAAAGAAAGAAAAAAAGAAACGCUUUAAAAGCCCUUCAGAGCCAGAGCCAGUGUGUGGUUUGUGUGUUCUUGGCUGUUCCUGGUAGAAAUCUGGUUUUACAAACACAGCAGACUCUGUGAACCAGACCUGCUCCCUCUCUGAGUAAUAACGGUUUCUCAAAAACAAUUAAAGCUCAGUCUUAUUAGUCUGUGAAAGUGUUGAUUUUGGAAGAGUCUUUAGUCUAAAAUGUUUUAUAGUUUAAGAGUUAAGAGUCAAAAUACUUCAGUCAAGAUUUAGUUCAUAAAAAGUCAAACGGAAUUUAGAUAAAUAAACAAUUAUUAGUUUAGAUAAACACUAAUGUGAUCUGCACUGAUGUCUAAAACACUCUUACUAAGUUUACCAACAACUUUUUAUAGUCAGUAUGUCCAAAGUAUGCUCACAAAUAUAACUAUACUGCCCUCUAGUGGAGAAAAAAAUGAGCAUUAUUGCUUUAAACAGGAUUAAAUGUGUUUAGGACUAUUUUCAGUGGAGGAUGAAUACACAUUUUGGAUUUUAGGGCCAUUUCUGUGAGAUUCAGGUCAUCUUUGUUUGUUUAUGGUAGUAACAGAAGAUAUGAUGCAGUCGGGUUAAAGAGUAUUUACUGUUUUUGGAAACUAUAAAGAUAUAAAACUUACUAAACUUACAAUAUCAAUCAAUCAAUCAAGCAGUCUUUAUUUGUAUUGCACUUUUCAUACAGAAACGAUGUAGCACAAAGUGCUUUACAUAGCAGAGGAAUAAAAGAAACAAAGAAAACCCGGAUCUACCCCAACCCAACCCCUCAUUCCCACCCUGCAAUCUCAGCACAAUAGAAACAUAUAUGAAAAGCAUGAACUUAAAAAGGGAUAAAUUUCAUAGAGACAGGAAUGUGUGCACUGAGGAAACGCCAUUUUAAAAUUCAAGAUAAGGAAACACUGGAGGUUUAAGAUCUAAAAACAGAGAAAUGAUAAAUAAAAUGAAAUAAAAACAACAGUAAAAGAUACUAAAAUAAAAGCAGCAAAACAGCUCAAUAAAAGACAAUCCUGUCAUUAAAACUAGAAGAGAUAGAUGCUAAAACACUUAAAGUUAAUGAUAUAAAAUUUAGUUUACAGCGAGACUAAAAAGGUACAUUUUCAGUUUGCUUUACCACUGAGAUAAAGUUAACCUAAUGUCUAAAUUCUUUAUUGAUUUUUCUUUUACAGCAAGCAAACGGCAGAUGGGGCAAGACAGUGUUUGAGUACAGGACACAGAAAACAGCAAGACUUCCUAUUGUGGACAUUGGCCCUGUGGAUAUUGGCGGCUCAGAUCAAGAGUUCGGCGUCGACAUCGGGCCCGUGUGCUUCUUGUAAAAUCGUCAGCGAAGAAUUGUCGAGGAGAUUCGUGAGACUAUUGAACUGACAGCUGACGCGUUCAGCCACGUUGUACAUACGAGUACUGAGGACUACUCUGGCCCUGUGGCAAGAUAUUUAUUGUGCCUUCAACCCAGAUCGAGACAUCAGAGAUUUGUAAGUUGGAAUGAAUGUUUGAAAUUUAAAGAAAUUGAUAAAAAACCAGAAUCAUUCCUCUGUCUUCUUGUGUAUGUUUGACUCUAAGCAUGAUGCAUUCAUUGCCAACUCUUUCUCGUGUAGUUCAGUCCAAAGGUUUUACCCAUUUGUUUGAUUUGAUUUUUUUAUCAAAUUGCCAAAGAUUUUAAGAAUAAAGAAGCUUUAAAAUGGUAACUGCUGUUUAUAGGCUGAAAAUCCCACCGAAGCUACGUUAAAUGUUGUUCUGCCACUUCUAUUUCUUACAAAUUUGUCUAUUACUUUUUUGUUCUUAAUGUUUAAAUAUUAAAAAAAAAAACAACAUUGUGGUGCUAUUGAGGAAACACACGGCCGAUGAUGCAUUCACUGGCGCACGUUUUUCUUUCCUAAAGACAGUUUUGAUGAACCAAUGUCUGUGUCCAGUUAUGUAUAUGACUCUGUACCGACAAACUUGGAACAUUAAAGACACACGAUCAGACUGUCGAUUCCUCAGUGUUAGCUACCUCGUCACCGAAACUGAGACGCGAUGACACUACAUGUAAAUCUUGUUUUUCACAGGUGCUGUUCUGUAAGUAGUGUGAUUCUUGUGCACUUCUCCCAGCUGCACGGUACAGGGCAGGGUUUGGGGAUACCAAUAAAGAUCUUUCUGUCUAUGAUAGAGAGAUAAAUGAGGUGUCGUGUGAGUGGUGUGUGGUGAUUUGUAACUUUCUUUCCGUUUUAAUUUUAAUUUCUUUUUUUUUGUCAGUAAAAGGUAGCACAGAAUAUUUUAUUUUUAUGCAUGUCAGUUCGCCCUUUUUUUAGUAUCCUGGACUUAUAUGCUCUUGAAAUCCUUCUUUAUAACCGUUUUUAUAGAAUAAGGUGGCUGUUUGCUUUGUAUUUCUUGCUAUGCAACAAAUUAAACAAAAUGCUUGUUAAUCCCCCCAAGCUCUUGUCAUAUUAAUUCAGGUUUAGUUAGGUUCUUUAUGUUUGUCAUUUUGCACACAAACCUAAUUUUAGGUGUAAUUUGUAGUUUAAGGUAACAUUUAUGUAUUUAAUAUAGUCUCUCAGCUGAUUUUUAUGUAAGCUUUUUGUUUUAAAUGUUUACAAAUGUUCUUUUACGUAAUUCUAUUGUGACCGUUUGGUUCAUAUUUAUUGUAGAUUUGUAAGUUUUAAAGGACUUGAUUUCCCACUAACACCCUCGAGGCAGAGAGGAGAAAAAGGGGAAAAAAAGAGGAGAAAAGGAGCUUUCCACACUGGAAGCAGAUGCGUUUCACCCUCUGACAAAUAAAUACUGAAAAUACUUCUUUCUGCCUGUUGCUUGUUUCAGAAAACUGGUCUGUUUCAGAGCUUUGUGUAUCAUGUAAGAAUGUCCACUUUAAGAGGAUGUUAAACUCAAAUCCAAAAUGAAAACCCAGAAAGAGAAGCGGUAAAAUAACUUAUUUGUGAUGUCUGCAACAAAUUUAAGAGGAUAGCUCACUCUAGUUUCUACCUAAGAGUAGCUACAGGAUGAUAAAAACAAAAAGCUUACAGUAAAUACAGGAAAACAUCGAGAUAGAUGGUUUAAAAAAAAUCAAAAAACAAUAGCCUAAGUGUCAAUCAUAGAAAACAUGAACCCCCUAAUAACUUUUGAUAAACAGAAAAAAGAGGACUUGAGCACAAAUCAGUCUUACAGUAACUACAUGUCAACAUCGCAACCAGGGGGAGAAAAUGUAUAUUCUGUGUAAUAAAUUUCCAAAGUUUUUCAUAGCUUCAUAGGGAUUACUGGAGGAGGCAGGAUUUAUGACCUUUACCGCAGCCCGUCAACAGGGUGAGCUGUUCUCUGAUUGGCCUCACCCAACGAGGAGGCAGAUGCUGUCCAUUAUACGUAGAGUCUAUGGUCUUACAGUGCACACACGAGCUACUUCACCCUAGACGUAGUUUUAUUUAAAAUGUACAAACAGUAAACGAUAAACAGAGGAGAAAUAAUUUACUGCCCAAAUAUUUCAUUUGAUGGCACAACCUGUUUCUUUGCCACAUAUCAUGGUACAAAACAACUCGAUGACUGAUUUUUAUUUUUCUUCCUCUCACUGCAGUAAAGGUUUAAGGGUUAAUAUUAGUGAUGGUGAGAUGAAGCCUCUUGAGGCAUUGAAGCUUUCCAUCUAAUUGCUCAACUCCUAGGCCUAAGAUUCACUGUGCUUCAACUGCGCCAUCAAGUGGACAAUAAAUGUAAAACAGGCAGAGUGACUAUCAAAGAAUGAAUGAAUGAAUGUGAUGCCAUGUGUUUCUGAUACCAGUACUAAAAUAAUGAAGUUAGUAAUAUGGUGUCUGUCUUUAAGACACAGUAGCAGGGUAAAAAGGGGAGGAGGACAUGUUAAGGAGAGGGAUGUGAUGUGAAUGUGUUUGUGUUACUUAGUUUGUGACUGUGCUUUUGGGGGACUCCAAUGCCCUUCGCUGCCUUUUAUAUUUCGAAUCAUCCGCCAAAUCCGCGAAUUGGUUCC